CGUGAUCUCGUCGGGAGCAGUCGUCGUGAAAAGCGUGUGUCCGCCGCAAACGAAACCUAAACCAAUCCAACCAAACACACACACAUACCCAACCACAACCACAGGGAGAGUGUGUGUGGUUUGUGGCACAGUUUUCAAAAAAAAAAGUUCUAAAGAGGCCGCCCGGUGCCUUUCCUUUGUGCUUUCCGGCCUGUGUGUGUGUGUGGAGGUGUUUUUCUGUAUUUUUUCUUUCUUGUUCACUAUUCACAACGAAGACCGGCAAGUGCUUUGAAGGCCGCGAAGCGAACCGCACCACAGAAAUGAUUAGUUCCGCUCGUGCCAGCAACAUCUGAAACAGUGCGUGCCUUGACAGUGUGAAAUAAUUUGUCUGUGUGUCUGCCGUCUUCGCGGCAAGUGUGUUCUUUGUACUCUCUUUGCGUUUUUUUCUUGCCUAACGUUUGAGUGAGUUUGUGUGAGUGUUCUUUGUGGGGCAAAGAAAAAACAGGCAGGAAGCACACAAGAGCAUCUAGCAAGUGAAAGAAAAAGGAAGAAAGCUGAAGGAAAGUCACACGCGCGCGUGCUGCAACAAUGUCUGGACCGCCGAAUAUUAACAACAAUCAACUUCCACCCUCCAGCGGUGGUGGUGGUCCGGGUAGCGGUAGAGGAUGGUUACGCACACCUCCACCAACGUACUUCCGGUCGCCCUCGCCAUGGGUACCGCCCGGUUCGGCCCCUCCGCGGCAAAACUCGCCAGUAACGGCAGGUUCGUCGUCCGGCGGACCGGCCCGCGGACCGAGCGAGUUUGUCUACCAGCAUCCAAGCUCUGGAGGGUUGCCGCCGUACGGUGGACCGGGAGGUGCUGCGGCCAGUAGCUACUCUACCACCCACCAGCAGCAGUACACCACGCAAACGACAACGUACCGCGCAACGACAGCAACGCCGGCCGCUGCCACUGGUCCCGCCCAGGAGUAUCAGUUCCAGCGUCCGAUCCCGUCGGCCAUGACACCGACUCACUUUGUGGCUUCGGCCACCCACUAUCGGCCCGUUUCGCCGGCUGCGGUCGCACCCCAGCCCUACCCGCAGUACAGUGCGCCGACCAUGUCGCCCGUGUCGUCCCUGCAUCGUUCGAUUACGCCACACAGCGUCGCGAGCGGUGGUUACGGACCUCCGGUUGAUUUCCACCAUUCGGCUAUGGGCCAACAGCAGCAGGUGCGACCGGGCUCGACCCAGAGCUCGGUGUACGGGGGCAUGACGUACCAUUACGGGCCAGCGGCUGGACCGUCGAGUCAUCAUCCGGCACAGUCGCAGUACGUGAUCUACGAUUACGGCGGCGAGAUGGGACCGUCGACGGCGGAAAUCAUUGCGGCCCAGUCGCAGGACUACGUGGACGAGAAGCUGGCCGAAUAUCAGGCCACCAUUAUGCUGCUGCAAGAUGAACAAGAACGUGUACAGAAGAAAACUUUCGUGAACUGGAUUAACUCAUUUUUAAGCAAGCGCAUACCACCAUUGAAGGUCGAAGACUUGAUCCAUGACCUUAAGGAUGGCACCAAGCUGUUGGCCCUGCUGGAGGUGCUGUCCGGCGAGAAGCUACCAAUGGAAAAGGGAAAAGUCCUGCGUCGGCCCCACUUUCUGAGCAAUGUUAAUACAGCACUACAGUUCCUUACCAGCAAACGUAUCAAGCUAGUCAACAUCAACCCGUCCGAUAUUGUCGACGGACGUCCGGCUGUGGUUUUGGGCCUGAUCUGGACCAUUAUUCUGUACUUCCAAAUCGAGGAGAACAGUCGUAUUCUACAUUAUCUGAACGAAAAUUUGAGCGGCUCGUUGAGUUCGUUGGGCAGUAGCAGUUCCGCGUCGAACAUACCGAGCUUGAGCGCGAACAAGCAGGUAACGUACAGUGGUACGGCUACGGUCGCAACGAGCAGCAAGGAGAUGAUGAAACAGGGCCCAAAGAAGACACUCCUUACGUGGGUGAACAGUGCCUUGCCAAAGACAACGGGCUUGGAGGUCCGUGACUUUGGACCGAGCUGGCGCGAUGGCAUUGCGUUCCUGACGCUGAUUGAUGCGAUCAAAACGAACGUCAUUAACAUCGCCGAGAUGAAGAAGUAUAACAACCGGUACCGUCUUGAUACGGCGUUCAAUGUCGCGGAGUCGGAGCUGGGCAUUGCACGUCUUCUGGAUGCCGAAGAUGUCGAUGUCAACAGUCCGGAUGAGAAGAGUAUCAUGACAUAUGUCGCACAAUUUCUACACAAAUACCCGGACGUGAAGAAUAUCAAUUCAAAGAGUGACAGCGAACGCGAACUGCUGGAACUCCUGGAUUGGCUUCGCCGAACGGUACGAUACUACGAUGGCAUGCACGGCAAGUACCCCAACAACUACUCCAUGUACGAGAGCGUCAACGGCGAAAAGCUCGAGAAGCAAAACAUCUACAAGAAGGUGAAGAGCAUCAAUGCCGCCAAGAUGACGCCGGAAGUGCAGGAGCUGAACAGUCUGUGGACCCAGCUGGAGCGUCACAUGCAGCAGUGGCUCUGGUAUCUAGACAGCAGCCUGCCGGAUCAGUUCGGUGCGAUUGGCCGUUGGUUAAGCAAUGGAGAGAAGCUGCUAAACGAUGAUGACAUCCCGAACAACAUGAACGAAGAGACGGCUUCACUGAUCAGCAAGAAGCUCGAGGCGCACAAGCAAUUCUUCGCCUCGUACUACGAAGUGCGGGAAACUUUUAACAACGUGAAACUUACUCCACUUGCGAAGAAGGUCCCGCUGGGACAGUUGCAAAACAUGGAAAAGCGACUGCUUGAUAUCGAACCGUGCGCUAGACAGCGUCGCAUUAAGCUGAAGUAUCUGGAGCACAAGUGUUGCCUGAUCGCUUUCUUGAACCUGCUCGAGAACAAGAUCAACGGUGUGAAGUACAACAACGAGGAGACGGUGAAGCAAUCGCUGGAUCAUCUGAAAAACUUCGUCACACGCAACCAGAUUAUGCAGGAGUUUGAGAAGGCGCUUAUCGACAUGCGUCAGGUGAUCGAGGAGUACAAGAUCGAUGGUAACAUCACGAAGAAGGAGAUGUACAAUAUUGAUGUGUUCCUACACGAGAUCGAAGAUCGCUGGAAGAACGUUUCGUCCCGGUUGAUAUGCACGGAAACGAUGCUCGAGGAUGUGCUGUCGCAUUGGCAGCGCUGGCGCACGUUGGUACAUGAGAUCGAGACGUGGCUGAGGCAAGCACACGAUGCACUCCAAGGCACCGAAGACGAGCGGAUCGAGUUCUUCCAGAACAUCAGCGUGUACAAGGAGAAGUUUGAUGCGCUGACGGAUACGUUUAAUAUUCUGAAAUCGACCUGCGACCAGGAGACGGCCGUUGCGCUGGAACGAAAGUAUGCACAGCUGGGCGGACAUUGGGAGCAGGUGUUCCAGCACACCAAGCAGUAUCUGCACGUCGGAGACAUUCUGCAGCAUCGUCAAAAGUUCAAGGCUGAUGCGGCGCAGCUGAACGAAUGGAUUCAGCGUACUGAGACGGCACUGGGACGGAACAACUUGCGCGAUGCGGCUGAGAUUCGGCGUUGCGAGACGGAAAUCAAGCAAAUUGCUUGCGAAAUUGAAGCGAUGGAGGAACUGUUCAAAUCGAUCAGCCGUAGCUUCCAGGCAUUGAUCAAGGAGUACUCGCGCGAUGAGGUCGACCGUAUGAUGAUGAUGAUGAAGAAGCAAAAGGAAGCGUUGGUUCGGGUGCGUGCACAAAUACCGAUCAAGCUGCACCUGUUCCAUCAGCUACUGACGCAGCAGGAAGCGCUCGAAACGGGUCAGCGAGAAAUCGCUCAAUGGUUGGAUGAGGCCGAGAACCUACUGAUAUCUUACUCCUUCACCAACGAUCCGCAGCAGACGAAGAACAAUCUCGCCAAGCAUAAGGCUUUCUUCAACCGCACACUGUACUACAAAUCGAUGCUGGAGAGUAAGAACAACGUGUUCCAAAAUUUACUCAAGCUUACCGAUACGGACAGCAGCAUCGAUAUGAGUGAUGCAGCUACUAAGAUGAAGCAACUAAACGAUCGCUUCGCCUACGUCAUCAACAACGCAAACGAUUGGGAGUACAAGCUUCAGGAAAAUCUACGCGUAUGGGAAAACUUCACCGAAAGCAAACAGAAGGUGGAGUCAUUCCUCCGACAGGCGGAAGCCUUCCAGAAGUCAGCCAUCCCGGUGGACAAGGAAGCGGAUGCAGAGUCCCAGCUGGAGUUCUUCAACUCGGCCGACCAGACGAGCAUCAAUACGCUCGAGCGUCACACGGAGGAUCUGCUAAAGUAUCUGCCACCGGCCGAGCAGCAAAUACUGAUCGCCAAGGUGGAAGACAUCCAGCGCCAGUGGAGUGAAGUGAUCCAGCAGAUCCCGCUCCAUCUACUGAAGGUUGAGUUCCGGCUGAACGAGCUAACGUUCAACGGAUGUGCGAACGACAUCGAGAAGGAGCUGAACGCUGAAGAGCAGGCGUUCAACUGCAACGAAAACUUUGAAGCCAUCUUGCAGCGUAAUUUGGACUACUUCAAGAAGAACGAUCUCCAGCGGGUCGAGCAGGUGCUGGGCAAUAUGGAGAAGAUCAACUACAUCUAUCUGGAAAAGUCUGCUAACGACCAGGCGCUGGCUCCGCUUUAUCAGCGGGCGAAUGAUAGUUGGAUUGCGAUCUGUAAACGAAUUGACAGCGUGCGCAACAUACUGCACAAGAUUCCGGCCCAGUGGGACGCUUACCACGCCAAGUUCGACGAGAUGAACGGAUGGAUGGAUCGAGUGGACGAAUCGCUACGCCAGAUCAUGGCGGAGAAGCAGACGAUGGAAGAGUUCGAGCAGGAAAAGGCGACCUUCCAGCUAAAAACAAUCAUGAACAUCUGCUUUGAGGCCGAUGCAAAGCGUGAAGACAUGAAAUGGCUGGUGAAAACAUUGGACUUUUUGCUGAGCCACACCAACGAAGAGCAGGCCACGAUCGAGCAGGAAAAGAUCGAGAAGCUGAUUGCUCGCUACAAAACGCUCAUACCGACGAUCGAGACCACCAUGACCAAGACGGAGGUGUUCGCCAAGUGCUACACGUACCGCCGGGAGGCACAGGAGAUAUGCGACCUGCUCGAUCGCAUCAAGUCGCAGGCUCGCAGUGUACCGCCGCCAGAAAGCUACAAGCGCGUGAACGAGAUGAUCGAAGAGCAGCAGUACUCAAUCAAGGAGCUGGACAACCAGCGAGCUCACAUCAUGAAGAUGCUGCAGCGGGGCAAAGAUCUGAGCAAAAACCCAAGCGCACCGCAGUUCAUCGCGGGUGAGAUUCGUCGCCUGGAGACAGGCUGGAACGAUACGUACAAUGAAGCAGCUGAGAAGGUACGCGCGUUGAAGGCGAUCCAGAAAGUUUGGGGCGAUUACAACGAGCAGAAGGGACAGAUCGUUGGCCUGCUGAACACGGCUGAGAUGGAACUGCGCUCGGUCACGCCGUUGCAGACGGAUCCGAAGAGCGUCACGCAGGAUUUGGAGAUGAAGCGCCAGCUGGCAUUGAACUUGAAGCAGGCGUCCUCCAAAUCACUGCUGCAGUUGAACGAUUUGUGCCGUGAUUUGGGCAUCUCACUUCUGCCGACGACGCGACAAGUGAUCGAGAAGGAAGUGACUGAUCUGGGCAAGCGGGUUGACAACACGGUCGACUACGUGGAGCAGCGUGUCGUCUACCUUGAAGACUACAGCGACAAGUGGAACGAGUACAAGCAGCGACUGGACAGUCUGAAGAGCUGGGCCAACAACGUGUACCCCAAGAUGGUAGCUGCGAUCAAGCAGCCACAAAUCAGUGCCGAAGAUCGAGUGCUGAAGGCGAAACAACUCGAAGGUGUCUUGGGCGAGAAGAUUCGUCAGCUGGACGUACUAAACGCAAGCGCUGCCGAUCUCGCCUCGAAGGAAGGCAACCUAAGCGAGAUGAAGCGCCUAAAGGCGGAGGUCGUCCAUUUGCAGGGCACCUUCACUGAGCUGCACCGUAUGGUGGACAGCGAGAAGGCGCUGGUCGGCGAAGACUUUGAGACGUGGAAGAGCUACAACCGCGACAUGGACAGCCUGAAGGAGUGGGUCGAGCGGGCCAAGCUUGCGCCGGAGCUGGAGCAAAUUCGGCCUUCGACCCUACCUGAAGCACGCGCCUACCAGGGCCGUUUGGAAACGUUUAACGAGCAGUGCGAGGGCAAGAUGGACGAGCUGCAGAACGUGAUCAAGAGCUCACAGAACAUCCGGUACGGCGUGAAACCUUCGGAGGAAACGGAUCGGUACUACAUGAUCGUUUCAAGCAUCUACGAGAACGUGCAGCAUUUGCUGAACAAAACCGGCAAGCUCGUGACGAACUGGGCCCUGCUGGAUGGAGAUCUGGAGAAGCUGAACCAUUUCAUUGAGCGGGCCGAGGUACGGAUGGGUGAAUUAGUCACUGUUCAUGCUCCAGGCCUACCCAUCGAUGUGCUGGAAACGAAGAUCAAAUCGUUGAAGCUGUUCAGCAACGAAAUAUCCGAGCAGCAGGCGAAGCUGAUCGCGCUCGUCCACAUGUUUGAUCAGAUCAAUCACAGCCUGUCGGAGGACGGUGUGAACGGGGUGCGCGAUAAGCUGAAGUCGGCCAAGGAUCGGCUAACCCGGCUGAGUGAUGAUGCGCGGGCUCAGAUUAACUCGAACUACGAGUGCAUUGUGGAGCAGCAGAGCUUUAACACCCAGAUGACGGACUUUAGCAACUGGAUGGAUCAGAUACGGACGAGCAUUAGCGAGCUGGAGAACACGGCGGUGGAUGAAAUCGAGCUGGCGGCACAGAACGUGCAGUAUCUAGUGCAGCAGCAUGCGGACAAGCGCAACACGUUCAACCACAUUUACGCGCAGGUCAAGCAGCGGAGCCUGACGAACAAUCCGAUGGAGAACCAGUUGCUGAACGAAACGUACAGUUCGCUGGCUAGCAACUACCAGAACCUGGAGUCAAGCCUGCUGCAGAUGAGGGACUUUUUGCAAAAGUGGCUUGCGUUUUUGCAGUGGCACAAUACGACGAAGGACCAGCUAGCGUAUUUGCGGGAGAGUAUGAUCAAGUACGAUGUGUCGAGCGAGGAGCAGCUGAACGAUGCGAAUCGGCGCAUCCAGGAAGUGGGUACGGGAUUAGAAAACUGGCGCCGUUUGUCCCUUGCCAUGGAGCAGGAGCCGUGCAUUUCGUUUCACGAUAAAGCCCACAAGCCGGUCAGUGCGAUUACGAUGAUUGCGGAUCUGGAUCAUAAGCUUUCGAGCAUUCGGUCGCAGGUGGAUGGUAAGCUGAAGGAGGUUGAAAAUACGAAAGAUCGCGUUGCGAAGUUCCACCAGUCACAGAAGGAGCUGACGAAUUCGCUACGUGGAAUUGAGGAGAAGCUGAAGGGUAUCGUACAAGCCGCUCGGUUGUCUACGCUCGACGAUGGUAUGGAGGAUUUGUCCACCCUUAACGAGAAGAUCAGUGAACUGUGCAGCGCCAAGGCACAGGUACAGUACGAAGGCAACUUGUUGUUGAAGCAGGACGUUGUUGAUACUGGAAUUGCAGUCCAGGAAGAGCUGAGCAAGCUCGACAAGAAGGUAACUGAUUUGCAACAAGAGUCUGACGAAACGCUGCGCGCCUUCUCCACCACAAGCGAUUUGUAUGCCGACUUCAACAAAUACAACAUGAGCUUUGCCAACGAGCUGAAGCAGAUCGAGGCGCUCAACAACGCUACGGUGCUGAACUUUGAUAGCAAGCCCGCCCUUCAGCAGGCUCUGGAUCAGCUGAAGAAAGCGUCCGAGACGAUGACGAAAAAGGUGAAGCGAAGCCUCGAUGUGGUAGCGGGCAAGGGAAAUGAGUUGGCAAAAACCUUCCGUGCCUACAAUCCGACCGAUUGCGACAACAUCCUGGACAUCAUUCGUCACAACAACGAGCAGUUCAAGGCGAAUCUGGAACGCUUGAUCGACAACUCGAGCGUGCUCGACCAGAAGGUGGCCCUGUACAAGCAGGCGGAAGAGCUGUACCAAGAUCUGGACGAGUGGCUGCAGUCCAAGCGCGAUCAGCUGUCACGCGUGCUCGAAAAUCCCGGUGAGAUCGAGAGCAAAAUUGUGACCUACCGUUCGGAGCUCCCGGCCCAGCAAGCGUUCAAAGAAACGCUGGACGGACUGUUGCAGGAGUUUAAGAAAAUGAAUGGUGGCAGCUUGCCGAAAGACCUGCACAGUAUGUCGAUGCAGCUGGACGAUGCGUUCGCCGCGAUCGAAGAAACAGUGGGUCGUUUGAACAACCGAAUGUCCGAGUAUACUGCCGACGAGCGUCGGUUGAAACAUUCGAUCAAGGGCAUAAUUGAGCGCAUCUACAGCAUACGGGAGGAGAUCGUGGGCUGUGAUGAUAUGACGCUGGACAGUGGCAAGCAGCUGGUACAUCUCGCUGGAUGUCGUGAGUUACGCCGCAAGUUGAACCGAGUCGGAGAGGAAAUCACCGAUCUGAAGAAUGAGUUCGCCGCGAUGGAAGCAAAGUACGAUCAGGGCAUCAAGGAGGCAUCUACCGUUGGAAAGGAGAUCCAGAAUCUCGACCAGCGUUUCGGGCUGGUGAUGAACAGCUUGAACGAGGUGGAGACGAAGCUUACCAAGGGUGUGGAGAAGUCGUUCAAGGACAAGCUCGGUGCAGUGGCGCGAAUGAUUGGGGCGCAGAGUGAAAAGCUGAACUGGUGCGCACCGGAGCCGACGAGCGACAAGUACCAGCUGGAGGUGAAGCGUACCACGCUGAACGAUGUACGCACCAGCACCGAGGACUGCGAACGUAUUCUGGGUGAGGUGGAACGAUCACUUACCGGUGCUGUAGUGGAGCUGUUCACACCGGCGAAGGUUAGCAACAUGUCGGACGAAACGCAGGAAGUUAGCAAGCAGCUCGAAUCGUUGAAGCGUGCCUUCCAGGAGACGGAGAAGCAACUGACGGACAACAUUGCGCUGUGGCUGAGCUACGAAAGUAUCUCGGAAGAAGUCAUCCACUUCUUGAAGGAUCUGGAAACGCGCAAUCGCAUGGAAACGGUGCUGUUGAUCGAUUUGGCUACUUUGGGCGAGAAAUCAAAGGAAGUUGGCGAGGCACGUGCAACUCUAGAGGAGUUCAAACUGAAGAUGGAUCAGCUGCAGUCGGUUGGCAAUCAGCUGAAUGAGGUCAAUCCGGAAUCACGAGCACUGGUGUUGGUGCAUCAUCUCCAGAACAAGUACCACACGUUCACUAAGUACUUCGCUCAGCUGCUCGAUCGACUGGAGGACGUACGGUUGAAAGAUGUGCAGUUCCGGGAAGCGGUUGAUAAGAUUCGUCACUGGCUGCGCGAGAUGCAGAACAAAAAGCAUGCACAAAACCUGGGAGCGGAGGCACAAGUACAGGCCCUGUCUGAUCGUGAGUACGAAGCUGCCAAGGCGCUGCGAGCUGAAAUUCUGUCCAAGGAUAGUGCGCUAAACGAAACAUGCUCGUUGGGCGAAAAUCUUUACGCCGAGGUUAGCGUUGAGUGUCGCGAGAGCAUCCGUGAUGAGAUGAAGCGUCUGCGUGGUGACUACAACGCCCUACUUGAGGAGGUUAGUGGUGGUAUUAAGCGCAUCGAAGCCGAUCUGAUAAAGAAAAAGUCGAUCGACGAAAGCCACAACCAGCUCAACAAUUGGCUGGCGGAGCUGCGAGGCAAGAUCACGUCUGGUUUGAGUGACCGAUAUGCCACGUUGCCAGAGAAGAAGAGCGCCCUAUACAGUGGCAAGAACAUGCAGAAAGACAUCACGGUGCACGAGACGAAUCUGGACCAGAUUCAGAAGAAGGUGAUGGCCCUACCGGAUCGAAGCUCGCUCGGACAGAUUGAGGAAACGCGCCAGAACUAUGGUGCACUGCGGGAGGAGCUCGAUCGUAAGGUGGCACUGCUUGAGCAAGCGAUCAAGUCGCACGAGCAGUACAACGCUAUGCUGGAGAAGUCGCGCGACUGGCUGCUGAAGCUACAGUCUCAGACGGAGGAGAUGUUCAGUGACGGUGAUCUUACCAAGGCGAAGUUGGAGGAAUACCUCAUUCUCGUUGACACGGUGCUGACGGAGGAGGAACCGGCGCUGGAUGAUGUGAACGAGUGUUACAAGCAGUUUGCUGUUGUGAUGGCACAGACGCACGAAAACGGUCAUUCGGAGUUGCUGCGUGCGUUCGAAGAUGGUAAACGCCAGUGGACGACGUUCUUCGACAAGUGCCGUGCGUUCAAGGCUCGUUCGGCUGAGUCACUGAAACAGCUGGACGGUUUCAACGCACGACUGGAGGGAGCGCUGGUUUGGUUGGCGAGCAAGAAGGCCGAAAUCAGAGAUGCCACUGCACAGGGACCACUCGACGCGAAACAGCAGUGCUUGGAGUCGUUGAAGAAACUGCGUGACGCCAUCCAGAGCUACGGUGUGACGGUGAGCGGCAUCUUGGAGGAAAGCCACCAGGUGAAGUCAAAGUUUGAUGUAAGCGGUAAGGUGGGCCAGCUGCAGAACGAGUAUCGCAUUGUCGCAGGACUGUGUGCGGAAGCGAUUUCGAAAGCCGAGUCUACCCUGCACGAUCAGAGCGAUUUCAACCAGGCGUACGACGAGUUUGAGGCCCUUUUACGUAAGAAUCUCGAGGGACUAGAAGAGUUCCGGGUGCUGGUGGGUGAUCUGAGCGUACUGCAAGAGCGUCAGCUCCGGCUGAAGGAGAUCGCCUACAAACGGCUUGAUGAUAGCAGCCCGUACGAAGAUCUGAUCAAUCGGGGCGAGAAGCUGUAUUCGUACACCAGUCCCGAGGGUCGUGAGCUGAUUCGCCAGAAGCUGGGUGCUAUCCGGGAUCUUUGGGAUCGAUUUUCGGACGAGCUGAACACGGUAACUCAGCGGUUGGAUCAAUGUAUUCUUCAGUUUGGAGAGUUUUCACUACAGCAGGAGCAGCUAUCCAAAUGGUUGAAGGACAUUGAAAAGUCGAUGGAAGUGAAUGCCGAGCUGAAGGCUAACAUCCAGGACAAGCGUACCCAGUACCAGAACCACAAGCUAAUGCACCAGGAGAUUUUAUCCCAGGUCGGACUGGUUGAGUCUGUUUGUGCCAAGGCACAGCAGCUGCUUACUCUGACUAAGGAUCAGCAUCUGCAGAGCUGUGUCGUAUCGAUCAAGGACACGUAUCAGGGCAUCGUGCGAAAGUCGGGCGAACUCUUGGAGAACCUGAACGCUUGCGUACAGGCACACCAGAGCUACGUGACUGCUGCCAGCAAACUGCGCAGCUGGAUCAACGAGGAGAAGGAUAAGGUGUUUUGCUGCGAGGAAACGGGCGGCGAGAAGGGUGAGAUCAACAAACGCAUCGAAGCGCUCAGCAAUCUGAAGCUUGGCAAGGCGAAGGGCGAUGAGCUGCUCAACGCCCUGGUACAGUGCUUUGAGGCGAUGAAGGAAAGCACAUCGGCGGCGGGUAUUGGUACGGUCGAAAAGGAAAUCGGCGAGUUGCGUAACGAGCUGGCUAGUUUGUAUGGACAGAUUGAGGAGUUGAUCGGUAGCCAGCGCAAAUCGCUGACCGGAUGGAGUCAGUUCGAUCAGGAUCUGGACGCGCUUACGAAGUGGUGCCGCUUGAUGGAAGGCAUUUUCCGCGAGCAGCAGCUAUACGAUUCGCUCGAGCGCAAACAGCAGCAGCUGGAGGUGUUCCGCAAGAACCAGGAAGCUAUCGGGGACAAGCAGAAGCAGAUCGACGACUUCGUGACGAUGGCACAGGCGCUCUUUACGAAGACGGGCGUGGAGAAGAUUAAGUUCUACAUCAACCAGCUGAUUAAUCGCUACCAGCUGCUGCAAGUUCUAAGCAAGGAGGUCGCGAACCGGGCGCAGAACAUCGUCAACGAUCAUAAGAACUAUCAAGAACGGUACAACGAGAGCGCCGCUCGGUUAGCCGAGGUUGAGAAAGAUCUGGAAGUGCUAGGACAGGAGAAACUCGGCGCAGCCAACCAGUCGAAGCUGCAGCAGUUGGAGAUUGAGAAGGAACGAUUUGAGAACAAUCUGACCAGUCUAGUGACGGCCAGCGAAAAGGUCCUGCCCGAAACGAAUACCCAAGGUCGGGAGAAGAUUCGCGAGGAGGUGCGUGAGCUGAAGGAUCGCUGGGAUCAGAUCAUUGCCGGGUUGAACAACCUAAAGAAGCAGCUGGAUGUACGUUCGAUCCAGUGGUCCUCAUACCAGGACAUACUGCAGCAGGUGCUGAGUUGGUUGGACGCUACGGAACGCAAAAUCGAGCCAAACGAAUCCCAAAGCUGGAACUCCACGCAAGAGAUUCGCUCGAAGCUGUUCAAGUACAAGGCGAUACUACAAGAGAUCAGUGGCCAUCGGCGCGUGAUCGAUUCGCUGAAGGAAAAGGCCGACUCGCUCGGUGCAGACGCCCAGAACGAAGACAUCGCGGCAAAGGUGCAGUCGAUUACAGAGCGGUAUGAGCUGCUGAAGAAGUCGUGCAGUGAUUUGAUUCGUCGCCUGGAGCAAUCGCUUGAGCUGUGCAAUAAGUUCAACGAGCUGCAAAAAUCGUUGCUAGACGAGCAGGACUAUCUGUUCGGGGAGUUGAAGCAGCUGUCCGAUGUGUCCGGUAACAAGCGAGCGGUGCAGGAGAAGGUCCAGAAGAUCGACGAUCUGCAGCAGGCGAACGGCAAGAUGGAAGAAAAGUUCAAGAACCUCGCUAAGUUGAUUACGGACAAUAAUGAUCUGAUUUCGUACGGUGCCAAAACGGUCAUGGAGCAGGAUCUGCAAAAGAUGAAGGCUGACUUUGAGAAGUUUAUCGGUUCGAUUGGAGACGCCCGAGUGGAGCUGCAGAAGCGUAUGCAGCUGUGGGACGAUUAUCAGCGUGAUCUGGAUCAGAUCAGUGCGUUCUUGGCCGAGGUGGAAGAUACUAUGCGCGGAUAUACACUAAAGAGUAGUUUGAUCGAGAAGCAGGAGCAGCACGAGUAUUAUCAGACGCUACUAGGUCGAUUGAAGCAGAAUGCGCUCGAGUUUGAUAAGCUGCUGGACAAGUCGUCGGAGUUGCUCCAGAGUAGUGGUGAUACGAAGAUAUCGUUUAACAUGCAGCAGCUGAAGGCACGCGCCCAGUCGGUGGAGGGUACGGUGAAGGAGCUGGCGAAGAAAUGUGAGGCUGCUUACGGUGAUCACAAGCAGUACCGGCAGCGUUACGAUGAGUGUGACAAAGAGUUGGACGAAAUUCGAGACGUGUUUGACGGGUGUCGUAUGCAGCAUGCGCAAAGCAUUCAAAGCAGCAAUCAACAGGCGGAUCCACAGGCAGUUCUCGGAACGAUACAGACGCUGCUAGCGAAGCAUAAUGUGGUGACGGUGCAGUGCAAUGCAGUAUCGGAUAGUGGUGAGCAACUGUACGCUACUACUGCGUCCAAGGGCCAGCAGAUGAUACGUAGCGAAAUCCAGGAGUUGACGGCCAAGUGUGAACGGUUGUUUGACGAGGUUAAUGAUUAUGCCCGCUCGUACGAGGGUCGGCUGGCGAAGCUGUCUGGCUUUAUGGAGAAAGCUGAUCAGCUGCAGGAGUGGCUGAACAGUGUUGAGGGACAGCUGGGUCGUGGUAGUCUCAUACUGAAGCCGACGCUCGAUGAGAAGUGUGCCCAGCAGCAGGCUUACGCGGAACUUCUGAACGAUAUCAAGAACCAUCGACCAGAGUUGAACAAUGUGCGCGAUCUGGUGGACAACAUGCAGGAACAGCACCCAACGAUCGAACGUCGUAUGGCGGAGCUGACCAGUAAGUACGAGGAAUGUCUGGAGAAGGCUCAAACGUACGGUGAUCAGUACGAUCGCAUCGUGCACAACCAUCGCCAGUACUGCAAGGCCGUAAUGGAAACGCAGGACUUUAUCGACGCCAACCAUAACACGGUAGAGCUGUGGGGUGAAACCGAUCUCGACCAGGUAUCCUUGAUGACGAAUUUGGAUCGACUAACGGAGCUGAAGAAAUCUAUCACGGCAGAACAGAACCGGGUGGACCAGAUACGCACCUUGGGCGAGGCGACGAUCCCAGACACGAGCGACGAGGGACAGGCUAACAUCCGCUCACAGAUUGACAUUUCGCAGCAGGAAUGGGAAGGUCUGCUUGCUGCUAUUGACAGCACAAUGGACGGAAUUCGCGGCAAAAUGGGCGAAUGGAGCGAUUACGAGAAGAUUCGCACUGAUUGUAUGAACUGGAUGCGCGACAUCGAUGCGAAGAUCCAUUCGGUUGAUCUGAAGGCGACGCUGAUCGACAAGAAGGCAACGCUGGACUAUCUCAAGAGCUUGCAGGGUGAGGUAAAGGCGAAGGAGCUCGAGAUUGACAACUUCACGGAGAAAGCCCAGCAGCUCUAUCGGGGCUAUCUGAGCAGUCGCAACUCACAGAUAUCUGAGUUGGCGGUCAAGUAUCAGCAGACGGCAAGCCGCAUCAAGGAGCUGGUCGGUCGCUGGCAGCAGUACGUCAUCCAGCAUCAGGAGCUGGAGACGCGCAUCGGCGAGCAUCGCGACUGGCUGAACGGUGUGCGGGAAAAGCUGAACUACUGUGCGGAUCUGUCCAGCACGUCGGAGAAGGAGCUGCAAAGCAAACUGAAGCUGGUGCAGGAUAUGAUCGUGAACAAGGAGGAUGGAUCUGGCCGACUGCAGACGAUCGUGGAUCUUGCCCAGCAGGUACUGGCCUGUACAACGCCAUCCGGACAUGAGGCGGUUAACAAGGCGGUAGCUGCUCUGCAAGAGGAGUGGUCUUCGCUCGCGUUGCGUAUGAUCGAUAUUCGAGCGAACCUUGACGAAGCCAUCAACCAGUGGUCCGGCUUUUUGGAUCAGGUUAACGAUCUGAAGCGCAACAUCGAGUGGAUGGAGAACGAGCUGAGCGGAUUUGUUGAGUUCCAGGCCAGCAUGGCCGAUAAGCGGGCACAGCUGGAGCGCAUCAAGAACACAGAGGAGAAGAUCCGACUGGAAAAGAUCGAAAUCGAACCGUUGAAGCAGAAGACGUCCGAGAUGGCCGCGUCUGGACAGCAAUCACAAGCGGCAGCGACAGCGCAACAGAUUCUCAGCAAGUUUGACUAUCUGGCGGAGAAGAUUAGUAAGAUUCUGACCGAUCGGGAGGACCAGUACCGUGACCAUCGGCUGUACAAGGAAGCGUACGACGAUCUGUUCAAUUGGAUCAGCCGAGCCCGGGAGAAGCUGCCGUGCGUGAAGCAACAGUCGCUAAGCGAUAAACUAACGAUGGACAGUGCGAUCGCACCGCUCGAUGCGCUGAUGAACAAGAAGGCACAGGGUGAGCUGCUGGUCGAGCAUCUCGUACACACGGGCGAGGUCGUGAUGGCUUCGACGUCCGAAAAGGGCAAGGAAGCGAUCCGCAGCGACAUCAACGGACUGAAAGCAAACUUUGAGUCACUGUUCGGGGAUAUCGACAAGCAGAAGCGGGAUCUCGAGAAGACGCUCAACUUGCUGCGCGAGUACAAGGAAGAGUACGAGCGACUUUCCGAGUGGCUGCAGCAGGUCGACAUUUUGGUGAAGAACCACAAGCUUGCGAUGUGUUCGAAUUUGGCCGAAAAGGAAAAGCAAGUGCGCGAGAUGCGUGAGCUGAUCGGUAAGCUCGAGAAGGGCCAAGGAGAAAUGGAUAAGUUCAACGCAUUUGCGGCACCGCUGCUGCAGUCCCAUCUCGAUACGUACAUCGGCAAUCAACUGCGUCAUCUGAACUCUCGCUACCAGGUACAGGUAAAUCUGGCCAAAGAUGUGUUGAAGAAGGUUGAAACCAAUCAUGAUCUGCACCGCGAGUAUAAGGACAACCUAACGAAGGCGAACGCUUGGAUCGAGAAUGCGAAGGAGAUCGUUCGCUACUCGACCGAGAAUGUGGACAGCGUGAGCAAGGACAACUUGGAGAAACGAUUGGCGAAGAUUGUGGAGCUGAUACAGCAGCGUGAGCAGGGCCAGAACUUAGUAAAUGCCACCGUCAACACGGGCGAAAAGGUUGUGAAGAGCACGAAAUCCGACGGCAAGGAGGUGAUCAACAGUGAGAUCAAGGACAUUCAAACGAACUGGGACCGGCUGGUGAAGCGCAUGUCCACGGCGAAGGUGCAGCUUGAGACGAACUUGCUGCAGUGGGCCGACUACAGCUCGAGCUACAACCAUCUGCAGCAAUGGAUUCAGGAUCGCGAAAGCAAACUGCAGCAGGUGUGCGAGCAGAAGGUCGUUCGCUUCCGGUUGGGUGGAACUUCGAGCAGCCUGAGCAGUGGUUUGAACGAACGAAGGGCGAAUCUGCGCCAGGCGAACGAUAUCGUGCAGGACAUCGUAAGCUUCGAGCCGAUGAUACAGUCCGUCGCUAGCAAAGCUUCGGAUCUGCGUCAAACGUCACCGGCUUCGGAGAUUUCCAACAAGUACGAAACUCUGAGCAAGCAAGCGAAGGAGAUGUUCGAGAAGCAGAAGGAAACGGUAGAACUGCAUCAGGCGUUCAUCGACGCUAGCAACGAAUUUGCGGCCUGGAUCCGCAACGCCAAGGAGUGUCUGAACAAGUGUUCGGAUUCACGCGGCGACAAGGAGACGCUCGUUUCGAAGAUGACCCAACUGAAGAUACUGGACAACGAUGUGCCGGUCGGUCAGAAGAAGCUCGAAAAAGCGCUCGAACAGGCGGAAGUUGCCUGCCGCAACGUGGAAGGCGAAGAGGUGGAAGCGAUCGAGAAGGAGGUAGCGAUUUUGCAGGAGGAGUUCGACAACUACUGCAUAGCGCUGAAGAAGAUUAGCGGCGCGCUGGAGAACGGUAUCGUGCGCUGGACGGAGUAUGACGAUCAGUAUGGUGUUGCGCUGAAGUGGUUAGACAGCAUCGAGCAAGAGGUGCAGACGUACAACAAGAUGCAGGCCAAUCUGCAGGAGAAGAAGCGCGUGCUGGAGGAGUUCCAGGACAAGCUGCAGACGCUGUUCGACUGGCAGCGCGAGCUGGAUAGUUUGAAUAUGCGUGCUCAGGUGUUGUUGGAGAUUUGUGCCGAUACGCGUAUCAGUAAUGGUGUUACGCAGCUCACGACCAAGUACAAUGUGUUGUUGUCGAUUGCGAAGGAGAUUAUGCGUCGGCUCGAACUGCACUACCAGGAACAUCAGCAGCACAACACGCUGUACGGUGAGUGUCAGGAUUGGUUGGAUAGGAUGCGCGAGAAGCUGAACGAAUGCGAAUCCGUGCCGCACACGGUGGCGGAAACGCAAUCCAAGCUUAACAUUGUUAAGGGCAUUAGGCAGUCGUUGGAGCAGGGCCAGAAUAAGCUGCGCUAUCUGAUUGAGCUGAAGGAGAAGAUUGUUCUCAGCACGGAAACGAGCGGAGCAUCGAAGAUCGAAGAGGACACAGAAAACCUCAAGACGGAGUACGAAUCGCUGAUGGUGGACAUUACCGAGACGCGCCAACGACUCACUAAUCAUCUGGCACAACUCGAGGACAUCGGCAAGCUGUCCCGGAUGGUUGCCGAAUGGGUUGAGGAGGUGCAGGGCAAGCUGGACGCUGGCGAGACGAUGCAGAACGAACUUGCCGAUAAGCGUGUGCUGCUGGAGAAGUACCGCGCCAUUCAGCGAGAAACGGGCAACUACAAUGAGCUGGUCGAGAAGAUCAAGUCCAAAAUGACCGACAACGCCAACAUUGACGUCGAAGAGUUCAACAAGAUCCUUACCGACUACGAAGCGAUCGUGGCAAAGGUGGUAGCUGAAAUCGAGCGACUCGAGAACCAGGUCAACAAUCACGAGCGCUUCAAGCAGGCGCUGGGAGAGCUGUAUGAAUGGAUGAAGACCACGCGUCAGACGAUCCAACAGUCAUCCGACUUCCACGGUGACAAGGAGCACAUUGUUGGAAGGAUCGAGAAGCUGAAGGGCAUCGAGCUUUCGUUCACUGAUGGAAAAGUACUGCUGGACAAUACGGCCGACAUGGGCAACUCGCUGGCCGCGAUCAGUGGCCAGGAGGGGCAAGCUACGAUCAAGCAGGAACUGCUGCAAGCUCGGGCCGAUUGGGAAGAGCUUGAGGAGCUGGCACGAAGCUCCCGCCAAACGCUGGAAGAUUGUCUAGCGUCAUGGGACAGCUUCUUGGACAAGUCGGAAACGCUGGGCACAUUCCUGGAGGAGUACAACGUGAAAGUGAACGGAUACGGUGCGAGCGAAGGAACGGCCGAUCAGGCCGCAGUACUGAGCGAGCUCAAGCGCAUUCAGGAUUUGAUUCUGACGAAAAAGAGUACCGUCGAAGAGUUGAACGACGUGUGCGAAGCACUGAUGGAGAAGAGCGCCUGCUCGACCGUUCGCGAUCGUACCGUCGAUCUGCAGAAGAGCUACUCGACAUUGCUUGGAAAAGUGCAAGGAUUCAUCACCAAACUAGAGAAAAACCUCGUCAGCCAUACCGAGUUCCUGUACUACAAGGAAGAGAUCAACAAGUGGUUAAACGAUGCCAACGCUACGAUCAAGAACUGUAGCGAUGUAGCAGCGGAUGAUGUGCUUGUGAUCAGACAGAAGGUGGUACAGCUGCAGUCACUAUCCAACUCAAUCCCGCAAGGGCAGAAACUAUUUGAGAUGUUGCAAGAUUCCUUCACCAAAUCUUCCUACCUCUAUCCGGAAGACAAGCAGACGACGAUGUUCCAGGACAUUUCGGACAUUCGCGAUUCGCUCGAUACGGUCAUCAUCGGUAUCAGCUCGUCGCUGAACAACUUGAACGCGCAGGCAAGCCGUUUAGAGUCGUACGAAGAGCUAAAGCGACGCAUUAACGAAUGGCUCGCCACGACCGAGGGUGUGUUCGAGGCGCUGCCUGAAACGCACGGCGAGAUGACGGAGGUGAAGACACUGCUCGAGCGCCUGAAGCACAUCCAGACGGAGAUCUCGUUUAAACAGUCGGAUCUGGAAAAUCUUCAACUGGAAGCGGCUAACCUCUUUGACGUUAACAAAUGCUCGGCCGAGAUGGAACGUGUUGCAAGUCUGCAGGCUCGUUGCUCCAAGCUGAGUGAAAAGUGUUCCUAUCAAAUUCGUAACCUAGAGACGGAGCUGGACGAUCAGAUGGCGUACUAUCAGAAUCUCCAGGAGAUAGAGAAGUGGCUGCUGCAGAUAUCCUUCCAGCUGAUGGCCCACAACUCGCUGUACAUUUACAAUCGCGAGCAAACGCUGGAGCAGAUUGCGCAGCACGAGAAGCUGCUGGACGAGAUUCAGCGUUAUCAGGUCAAUAUCGAUGAUUUCAAUGCGAAGGGUCAGUCUCAGAUCGAGCGAUACAUUCUGAAGGCGCCAGCCAUCAAGAGUCGCAUCGAAACGCAAAUGAAGAACAUUCGCGACAGCUACAACUCGCUGCUGAACACGUCGGUGCAGAUUAAGAACCGACUGCACGACUCGCUCAACAAGUUCCAGGAGUACGAGGAUACGCUGGACGACAUCAAUCGACAGCUGGACGAAACGGAACCGCUAGUGGCGGAGGAACGUUUGUUGGAGGUUGUGGACUAUGCCGUUGGGCAGUCACAGCUCGAGAAGGCGCAAGGCAUACACAAUAAGUUGCAGGUGGAGAAGAGCCGUCUGAUGUUUGCUGUGCAGGCUUGCGAAGCCGCUACCGCUAGCAUUAGCCGUCCUAGCUCACCGAUGGACAACGUUUCGCAGAUGAUCCCCGAGAAAGAAUUGAUGGUGCGGGCACGUCUGGAAGAUUUGAUUGAUGAUGUGCAGCAGUGGAUUGCCGAAUUGAUUACCUCGAUCAAUGAUUGCGAACGGCAGCAAAAGCAGAAGGUUGAGCUGGAGAACUGGAUCCAAAAGCAGAAGGCGAUUGUCGCCGACUGGGGUUCGAAACCGUGCAAGUUUAGACCGGAAGCGGCAGAGCAGGAGCUGCGUGCGAUGAGCGAACUGUCACGCACGAUCACAGUCAAGCGUGAUGAUCUCCAGGGUGAAACCGAGCAGGACUAUCGGUUGCGCGAGGAGCUCGAGAAGUUACAGGGCAGUCUGAAGAAGGUGAUCGAUCGCAAGAAGGACGAUCAGCUGGCAAUAGAGAAAUAUCGUAAGAACUACGAGGACGUGCAGGGCUGGUUGGAUGCAAUCACGAACCAGAUCGAUAAUGUAGAAAAGGGUGGUGGUCUAAGCUGUAAGCAGAAGCUCGAGAAGAUCUCCAACAUUAAGCGCAUUCUGGAGAACGACUGUGAGAUGAUAGCGAACUUCAAGCGCAAUGGUGAUCACAUCGUGGAGCUGGUUAGCAAUCUCGAUGCGCAGCAGGUAACGGAGCAGUUGAAAUCGAUCGACCGGCGCUAUAACGACAUCACGAAGCGUUUGAACCGUCGGUUGGAUGUGAUUGAUUCGACGAGCAAAAUGUUUGGCAAGCUGCGGAGUGACAUUGGUGAACUAUCGCAGUGGGUAGUGGAUAAGAAUGGGUCGCUGGAUGUGCCAUAUCAACUUGGAUCGGAUACGAAGUCGGCCGAGAAUCAGCAGCAAGCGUUCAGAUCACUGUUGAAGGAAAUUGAAGGCAAGCAGUCGUACGUUGAUACACUUGGCAAGCGUUUCUCGAGCAUUCAGUCCGAUCUGGAGCCGAAUGAAAAGCAACAGCUGGAGACGGAACUGCAGACGCUGACCAAAAACGUUGGAUUGCUCAAUGAGCGAGUGCGUGCCGAGUUGGACAAGAUCGUCGAGGACAUCCUGUGCCGUAAGAACAUGCACAACAACCUGGAUGUUACGCGGGCCUGGAUUAAAACGAAGCAGAACGAUGUAAACAAGAUAUCCGACCAAAUACCGCUGCUGUCGAGCAACGUGAACUCGGAGAUCAAGCUGUGCCAGCGCCACGCGCAGACGAUACGGGAGUUUGAAGAGAACGCCUUCAAGGAUGUAUCGAAACAGGUACGCGAAAUUAUGAAGGAUUGCAGUGAGGAAGGCAAGGCAAAGCUGGCCCAGGAGUUCGGCGACAUCGAGUCCAAACUGAAAGAGCUGGUGGAGAGCUGCGCUCGGAAGAUCGAGUUCAUGGAGCGAGAGCACGGCAAGCGGCGUGAGUUCGAGGGCCGUAAGGAUCGUGUCUGGAACUGGCUGAACGAGGCGGAAUCGAUCGUGUCGGCGGACAUUCGCACCACGAGCUACGAGAUACUUAAAGAUCAGAAGCAAAAGUUCGACAAACUGUGCGGUGAGUGUGAUGUGAUGAAGGGUGUCGUGAAGGAGGCUGAAGAGUACAAGAGCGCCAUCCUGCCGACGCUGAACGAGCUGGACAAGACGAACAUCAACAACCAGGUGAAAGUGAUGCGCGAAAAGUGGAACGCAAUCAGCAACGUGCUGAAGGUGAAGUGUAAGAAGCUGGAAGAUCAUCUGGUAGAGUACGAGGACGCGCUGGCGAAGAUAAAGAGCUGUGCCGCGUUCCUGGUGCAGGUGCAGGGUCGGCUGAAGGAAAUGAACCGACCGGUGACAAGCAGGAUUGAAAACAUUCAAGACUUCCUGCUGGCGUACGAGCAGAUACUGGGAAGGUUGAAGGACAAGCGGCUAGAGAUGAGCACGAUCUUGUUGACCAAUCUGCCCCAGCUGCGGGAAAAUUCUGCGAAACUGGAGGAGAUGAUCAUGGGCAUUGAGGAGCAGCUGCGACGGCUGAAGGCGAUGUUGCUGCUGAAGGAACAGUUUAUCGGAGCAAUCAACGAUAUUGUGAAGUUGAUUGCGAAGAUCAACACGGACUUUAACACGGUGGACAACUUUAGUCCGACGGUGGACGAGCGGCUGAUGCGGUACAGUGAAAUUCUGCAGAGUAUUGAGGAGUGCGAAGGUCUACUGGUGGCCGCGACGGAUAAGGGUCACCAGAUCGCUAGCGACGGCACCGAUCUGGACCGGCACAACAUCAUGGAUCAGAUUCAUUCGCUGCAGCAGCAGCUCGGUUCGAUCAAACGAUCGAUCGAGCUGGAGCAGGACAAGUACCAGAAGCAGCGCGCCUACCACAAGACCCUGUCGAACGAUCUGUUCGCGUUGGUGGAUUGGUUCAAGGACAAUGAUGAGCACAUCCGGUCGCGUCCACUGUUUGGUUUGGAUCUGAAGAUGGCCGACCAGCAGCACAGUGCACACAUUGCGUUGGCUGGCAAAGCGAACAUCAAUCUGAAGAUGAUUGAAGAUUUGCUUGGGAAGUUAGCGCACAGCGACAGCAAACUGCCCGACGAUCUGCAGGACAUGGUAGAUCGUGCGAGAGCGCUGCAGGAAACUAUUCCGGCAGAGUUGACAGCUCGUGAAGCCUAUCUCACCCAAAACCGUCAGUACCGGCUGGAGUUCCGUGACAGUAUGGAGCGCGUUAAGAAGUGGUUGAUGGUGGCCGAGGAACGAUUUGAGCACACGAAAACAUUCAGCUUCGAUCAGGAGAAGAUUACGGUGGCGUUGAAGGAGCUGGAAGAUUUCCUGCACGGUGAGGCGGAAAUUCGUACGCUUCUGUACGGUGCCAUCCAGGAGCAGGCCGAUCGGUUGUGGAAUUCGUUGAGUGAGCUGGACCAAAACCAGUGUCUUGGUGAGUUGCAGCAGUUGAAGAAUCGGUUGAGUGAAGUGUCGCAUCGUGCCGCGGUGCAGCAGACCGAGCUGCUGUCGAACAAUGACCUAGUGAAAUCGUACAAGAAGCAUUCGAGUGCAGUGAACAGUGUGCUUGCCAAGAGCAAGUUAGACGAUACGAUCCUGACCAUCCCGACGCUGCCGGCCCGUAUUGAUCACAUCAACGUGUUGCUCAACAUGCUGCAGGUGCAGCAGAACGAGCUCGAUAUCCUGAACGAACUAUCGCAGCAGAUAGUGAACCGCGCGGAUCAGUACAAUCGGGACCGGGUGCAGAAGGAGACCGGGGACGCGAAUCGGCAGUGGGCCGCCAACACGUCGCUGCUGGAAACGUUGCGCGAAAAUCUCGUCCAGCUACAGCAGCAGUGGGACCAGCUGGAAAGCAUCCUGCAGGAGCUGGAGGUGAAGUCGAACCUGCUGCUCGAGAAGGACCGAGGAUUGGAUUUGGUGGUCCACUCGCGCGAUCAAACCGAGGCGAAGAAGCACAUUGUGGAGAACUUGCUGGAAGACAAGACCGCCCUUGGUCAGCUGAACACGAAAGCGAACGCACUCGCCAAAACGCUCAUCAAAGCCCUACGCGAACAGAAGCUGCUGCCGCAAUCGCUCGAGGAAAAGCUAACGCAUCUGAACGACAUCAACACACGACUCUCGGACAACCUUGCGAAGAAGGAACGCCAGCUGCGCGAUAUUCUGACGGAGCUGCAGCACUACCUGGACCAGAUCGGCGAGCUAGCGCAGCGCAUUGAGACGGUGCGCAAGGAUCUAACGCAAAUCAACCCGUUCGACGAGCGCCUGUACCAGACGGAGCGAGCGCUCGGCGCAGUCAAGGAAGCGGCCGAAAGCUGUAGCGUCCAGCGGGAGGAUCUUCGCCGACGCAUCAACGAGCAGUACCUGCCGGCGCAAAAGUUUGUCCCCAGUGACCUUAAGGAAGGGUUGGAGCUGCUUGACCGUUCGCUUACCGGCAUAAACGGCACGAUGGAGGACUAUCAGGGUGCGUACAAGAAGGCCAAAAUGAUCCGCACGGACUACUUCACCGUGUACGAUCGCAUCAAGACGUGGAUCGAGCAGGCGGAGCUAACCAUCUCCAACCAUGGCAUUGAUCCGAGCGAGCUGAAAAGCAAGCUAACGGCACUGACCGGGGAGUUUGGCGACAUGCGUACGGCACACGAGCAGCUACUGUUCAAUGGCAAUGAAAUCGUACGCCACUGUACCGAGUCGAGCGAUCGGACGGCCACGCAGGCCAACAUGGAUCAGCUUACGCACGAGCUGGACAAAACGAUCGCGCUGAUCGAUCAGAAGAACCAGACGGUCGAUCAGAUCCUCGGCAAUUGGGCGAACUUUAUGCGGCUGUACCAGUCCGUGGUGGACUGGUCGAUCAAGAUACGGGCGCUGCUGGAGCGCAAGCUGCAGCUGAACACGCUGCACGAGGCACAGCAAGCCUGCCAGAAUUAUUCGAGCGCAGUUGCCAGUCUUGCGGACGUGUCACAGAAUUUGAGCGAAAUGAAUCACGAGUUCGAUAAAAUAAACGAAGUUUGCUCGACGGCCUACCUGAGGGGCAAACUACACGAGGCGGAAACGCUGAAAAUCGACAUCGAGACAGUGCUGUUUGAAAGGAAUCUGUUCCUGCACGAAACGACCGAAGAGUGGCAGCAGUACGAGCGGAAGAUCGAGAGCGUACGGGAGUGGAUAAAGGACGCCUAUCAGGCCUUGAAUUCGGGCGAGCUGAAGAGCAAACCGUUGCGCGAUCAGCUCCGCAUACUGGAGCAGAUGCUGGCGGACAUCUCCGCCCAGAAGAUCAAGGUCAACAUGUCGCUGGAGAAGCUGCAGGUCCACUUCCAUUCCGACAUCAUCUACACGGACAACCCGACGAUCGUGCAGAGCGGCCGGACAAUACUGGCCGACCUGGACAAGCUGAACCUGGACGUGUUCCAGACGACGCAGAACCUCGACCAGGCGCUAGCUCAGAUCGAGGGCUGCCAGGCGGAGAUGCAGACGAUCCGGCAGCGGAUCGUGCACGAGGAGCAGCAGCUCCGGAAUAUCUUAUCACCAUUGCACCAGACGGGCGAUAGUGAAAAGCACGAACAGGACCGUUCGAUGCCGUACGAUUGGAGCGUAGAGUGUUGCGAUCAGGAAGAGAGCGCACCAUCGAUGACGACGGAACUUGCCCGGCCGACGGUGGCUGGCGGUAGCAGUGUGGUGGUGGUUACUACCACGACUACCACUGCCGUCACUCCGGUCCAGCCGUCCGCCUGGAGCAGGUCGGGCGACGAUAUGACGUACGCGGAAAUCGUUGCCGGGCUGCGUCGUCAGCGUCAGCGAGGACUCGCGCAAACGCAACACAUGACGACGACAGAAAGCCACCCGCCGCAGCCACGCAAUGUUACCAGCAUCUCGAUCACGACUCCCGAACCCCAAACGAUAAAUCCCGCUCACCAGUACCGCCAACCGGGCCCUACUGUAGUACAGCUCGGGGGGGCCGGUAAGCCCGUGCUGCCAGCCAAUGAAUCCACUGCAAGAGAUCCUCCACAGGAAGAGCGCCGAUCCCGUAGACCACCUACCAUGCCACCCAAACAACAACCGUCCCGUCCGGCUGAAACACUCACCGAUUCAGUGAGCUCUAGUGCUGUCAAUGUGACCACCAUCGUUGGAGCUACUUCGCUCCAGCCAGUGGUUAUGGUGACGAGCACAGCGAACGAGACGCCCCAAGUGACGCAAACCGAAGUAUCGAACGCCGCUGCAGCGGGACCCGUGUCGGUAUGGUCCUUCGGGAAUAAGACGUACGCCGAAGUGUUGAAAGAAAUUGCAGCAUCUAAUCAAUACCGUCUUCAGCAACAGCAGCAACAACAACAGCAAUUAGAGCAGCAGCAACAAUUCCAGCAGAUGUCAUGGAGUGAUAGUUAUCAGCAGCAACAUCAGCAGCAACAGCAACUACAUCAGUUCGGUACCUCCACUCGCCUUGGCUUACCACAAUCCUACGCAAACCGUUCCCGUUCAAACUCACGCAACCGCCGCAACCGGCCGGAAGCCGUAACGCGUGUAAAUAUUGUACAUAACGAACCUCUAGCGGCAUCCUCUAGUCAGGUGCAGCAGACGCCCCGUGGCGGCAAAGCGCACCCAAGAUCAUCCUCCGCACGAAGCAAUGCAUCAUCAACGACAAGUGAGCGAAUGGUGAAGAGACCGGCCGUUCAGCAGAGUGUGACUCAGAAACCCGAACCAGCGUGCAAGAAGCCACGUGACGUAGUGACUGCUCCACCCGCGAAAACAUCCGAAUUGGUGAUACCAUCCGAACAGAGUGAACGAUCCGAAACGAUCAGCUACAGAAAGGCGAAGAAGGGCAAGAUCAAGCAGAUACAAAGCAAGGAUGACAAGCUGCUGCCACCAAAGUCGAUGGAAAGUGUUGAUGUGGGCGUAAAGGAAGAGAAGCAAGUGUUUGUGACGGAGAUCAAUGUGAAUAGGUCCGAAAUUGCUGCUGCCCGCCAAUCGACUAGCCCCAUGAAAACAGUGUCCAUAGUGAAUCUGACUGAUCAGCCGGAAGUGGUUGCCAGUGCUGAGACGAAAAUAACCAUCAAUGUAAACGAACCGGUGCAAGCGGUCGAACAGAAAGUGGAGCAAAAGCAGCAGGAACAUUACGUGACGCAGAUCCGGCUCGAGGAAGAAUCGGGUCAGCGCCGACAGCAGGUACGCAAGAGUGCGAAGAAGCGUAACAAAACCACCACCACCCACAAGCUGCUGGAUAUUAGUGCAAGUGAGCCGGUGACGACGGUGGAACAGAACAUAUCGACGGUGGAGAUUGUUUCCCCGAAGGAGAAGAAUGUGUCCGUGGUGGAGCUGCGCCCACUAGAUGAACCACUGACGGUUACUUCGAUCGAACUGAAGGGUGGUGCAGUGGAAGGGAUGCAAUCGCUGGAGAGUUACAGCAAGCAGAUAGAGCUGCAGCUUGGUGAAGGAAGUGGUUUGGUGACGGAAUCUGAAAUUCCAGUUCAUUCUGCUGAGUUAGUGCCGAAUCCUGUCAUGCUUUCGGAAGAAUCCAUACAAAUCGCUCAACCAUGCGUAACGAUCGAUAGGCGUGAAGUUGAAGAGCGCGUGCAGCAGCACACCGAAACCGUCAGCUAUCAUCGGUCAGAGGUAUCGUUUACCACCAUUACCGAAACUCGGCAGGAAGAGAUCGUGGUGGAACAUCAGUCAAACGUAAAAGAAGGCAGUUCCAAAACGUACACAAGCUCCUUGCACAUUGAGCAAUCGAAUGCUGAAGGUGGGAAUGAGGAGCAUGUAGCUUCAACGAUGGAGGUUGUAGAUCAGAAGAAUUUGCAUGUAGCUUCCAAACCACCUGUAGAGAGUGUGGCAAAGGAAAGCGAAUCUUGGUGUCCCCCGACGAAGAAGAAGAGCAAGGGCAAGAAGCAACCCAAGAAGUCGACCGAUGAACAGCACGAUGUGUCCUCUAGCAAUCGAAAGGUCAUUGAGCAAAAGCGAACGGAAUUUGUGAAAUCGAUGCUAACAGAAACUGUUGAAGCAGUGAGUCAUGUUGAAGAAGAAGCUUGUGCUCCCAAGGGAGAUGCUGCAUCGGUUACUAAAACGAUCGUAGAAUGUACAUCUGAAGACAUCAAGUCAUCAGUUACACCGUCAGCAGAAGAGGUAGAGCUCAUGAAAGCGAGAGAAGAAUCAUUUUUGGCUGAUAUGAGUGGUCCAGUUGCUUCCAACGUUCCGAUUACCAAUGCAGAUCAAGCGGUGAUAAGCCCUUCGGUUGACGAAAUUGCUGUUAUGAAUGCAAGAGAGGAAGCUUUCCUGGUUGAAAUGAGUGGCUCUGUUGUGAAGGUUGAAGUUGAUGUUGAGCCAGAAGGGCAACAAACUGUAGCUCCAGGUCAACUCUCGUCAGAGGAAAUAGCAUUGAUGAACGCUAGAGAAGAAGCUUUCUUGGCUGAGAUGAGUGGUAAGACGGUUCAUGAGGAAACGACGAUCGAACACGAUGUUCAGCAGCCUUCCCUUCCAAUUGACUCUUCUUCGGAGGAAAUAGCUCUCAUGAAUGCACGUGAGGAAUCGUUCUUGUCCGAGAUGAGUGCUUCUGAACCUAAUGUCCCUCAAGUACAAGAGUGUUCUGCUCAGAUUGAGGUUUCAUCCGAAGAAAUUGCUCUAAUGAAUGCUCGUGAGGAGUCAUUUUUGGUCGAGAUGAGUGCACCAGCUCCAACUACUGACGUACACAUUCAAACUAUGCCCAAAGAAAAAUUCAUACCUGCUGGACCAUCAGCUGAAGAAAUAGAGCUAAUGAGUGCUCGUGAGGAAUCAUUUUUGGCUGAAAUGAGUGGUCAGCAUUCUGAUGUGAAACAUGAUACAGAUGCUAAAACGGACGAUGGGGCUAUGUCUGUCGUUGUUUCGACUGAAGAAAUAGCCAUUAUGAAUGCAAGAGAAGAAUCAUUCCUAGCUGAGAUGAGUGCUCCUGUUACUGUGACGGAAUCAGAUGUUGUGUUGGAAUCAACACAAGAUCCGAUUUCCAUGGCACCUUCAGCAGAGGAAGUGGCCCUCAUGAGUGCACGAGAAGAAUCAUUUUUGACUGAAAUAAGUGUACCAGAACCUACAGAACUAAUUGGUAAACCUACCGCAGAUACCGUUCCUAUUUCACCUUCAGCAGAGGAAAUAGCUUUAAUGACCGCAAGAGAAGAAUCGUUCCUGGCAGAAAUGAGUACACCGAUUGCUGAUACAAAUUCAACUUCUGUUACCGUUGAAUUGCCAACAAAGGAGGUAGCUCUUGUGAAUGCAAGAGAUGCAUCAUUAGCAUUUAAAACUAUCGAAGCCGUGAUCGAGCAUACACCUGACAAACGAGCUACAUUCAGCAUUGAAUCUCCAACUCCUAAGUCCGAAGAACGUGCCCCACAGAAUGAAAUUGCGGCCUCAAGUACUGAAAAUGCAUUGUCCGCUCAACCUGCAGCACCUAUACUACCCUCCGGAAAGAGCCCAAAGAAAAAGCAAAAGGACAAGUUUAAGAAAAUCAAAAAAUCUGAUGCAGCAAACAUGGCUGCUUUCCUCGAGGCAGAGCGAAAAGUAUUUGAAGCCGAAGAGCAGGCAGUAGUACAAGAGCAGCCUGUACCGGAGCCGCAAACGCGCGAUCAAACCUCACCGGGUAUGAGCACCAUUACAAAGGAGCAGAUUGAAACAAUCAUUGUGGGCAUUAACUUCGAUCGGCAGAAAUCACUUACCAGCGCAAACGAUUCGGAACAGGCUGUUAGCGAAGCGAAUGCGUCUUCUACGGAGGAAGCAUUUGUUGUGAGUGUUCCUGAAAGCCCAGUGAGAAGUGUGCAAGAGUUCCGCAGCAAUCUGGUGUUUGAAGAUUACGAUUUUGUGCCACGAUCGCCGGUGAAGCGCACGGAAGUGGUAGAACGCACCGAUGGUAAGGGAGGACGGAUGAAGGAGGCCAAAUUUAAGCCACAGCUGGAAAGCAUUCCUUCGGAUGCGGAUAUGUUGGGUGGCAAAGAGGAAAAAUCGGGAACGGCAGUUGAAUCUACCGUAUCUAGCACAACGGCGAAUGUCAGCACGAAGAUAUCGGAAUCGAAUGAUACGAUCAAGCAGGAGGGUAUGGAAAUUGAUGCAGGCAAGGAAAAUAAUGAUCCCGUGCAAAGGAUUGUGAUCAACUCCAAGUGGCGCGAUAACCGUCAGAAGAUCUCCAUGAUAACGCACGAGGAAGUGUUGCUUCAGCCGGUUUCUCAUAUAAAAAUGGAGCUGCCCAGAAUCGUUGCGUCAAAGGUGGAGAAAGUAUCCCUUCCGGACGUAAAGCCAGACGUUGUGCCGCUGGAACCGAUCGUGCAAGAAACACCCAAGGAAGAGUUUGUCAGGGUGGACGGUGAGCUGGUGCAUGACGAUGUACAGAUCGAACAGGUGGCAACGGAGGUAUCGAUGCUGGACAUUUCGCCUUCGAUCGUGUACGAAACGCAAUCGGUGGAUGUGUUGGAAAAGGAAGCAUCAUUACCGGAGUGUACGGAUGUGGCGUCGGGCAUGGUGGUGGCUACGGAGGCCCAGCAGUCGGACAUGGCGGUAUCUGAUACGGUCACCGUUGCUGAGCAUACGGAAUCGUCUAGCCAGGAGGUGUACACCACAACCACCACCUCUGUAAUGUAUCGCACGACGACGAUCACGUACAUGCAGUCGGAGCAGCAGGAAGAAGUUAGUGAAAUCUACACUGGCCCGACGGUUGUUGAGCAGAGCGUGAAAACGGUCGUUACUAGAGGUGAACCGACGGUGGACGUGUCGGUUUGCUAUUCGGAAGCGGAUCGCAACAUGGGCGAUGAAGUGAUGGUGGAGAGGAUCGCGAUCGAGAGGGGCGCAGAUGAUGAAUGCAGUGUGGUAGACGUGAAUGUAGUUAGUGAAACUGAACCCGACAUUAGCAGUUCAAUACCAGCAGAACAAUCGAUAUUGGACAGUUCGAUGCUUUCGGAGGCGGAUCGUAGUUUGGGAGAGCAAUUGAUCGAAACUAGGACAAUGAUCGUACUUGAAGAAAGUGAAGGUGACGAAGAGCGGGUAGUGCGUGAGAUGUGCCAGGAAUCGUUCCGACAGGACGAUGCGUCGUCGGUUGAGGUGGCAAAACAAACUGAAUCGUUGGGAAUUGCAACCAGUGAAGUAAUGGUGGGACCUUAUGCGAAUGUUUCGAUUGGCCAGGUGGCUAUGCCAGACAGUCCGCUUGGUUCGUCUAGUGGGCAAGAUUAUUGGCAGUAUCAUGAUACGGAGCGGCAUUACAUUCAAAACUUUGAGGUACAAUCGAUCGUCAAUGAGGGAGGGGAACAAGUUACAAAUGAAUCAACUCCACUUAAGGAAGCAGGAGUCGUUGAUCAGGCUGCUGUUGGGGAGAAAAAUGUUGAAAACAAUGUAACAGAUACGAAAGACUCAUCGUUGCCGAGUAACAAGAGUGAUAGGGAGCUUGCGGAAAUCUAUCGUACCUUAGAACAGUCGUACUUGAGCAUGUGGCAACUGCGCGAUGCUGAGAAUAGCUACCAGAAGUUAGAUGCAAGAGAAGCAAAGGCCCAAGCAGAAGAGGUAGUAACUGAAACAUUCCUACCUUGCGAUACACCUGCUGAGGCACUUUAUGUUGAGGAAACUGUUUCGUCUGAAAUACCUGAACAGUCAUCCAAGUUGAUUGACCAAUUCGAAGUGAUGAAGACCUUGAGCCAAUCAAUGAUUAAUAAUUGGCAAUUAAGAGAGGCUGAGUUGAGUUAUGAAAAGCUAAGGACUAUGGAAAUGGUUAAGCAUUCUGAGACUGAUCGUACGGAAAAUGUUGUUGCGCCUUUAGAAGAAAAUGUUGAACCGUCGCCUUCAGCAACGGAACAACGUGAGGCUGUAUCGCAAACUUCUUCUGUAACUACUGUUACCACAAUCGUCACUUCAAUCGAAAGUGAAGAAAAAUCUUCAUCUGAGGAGCGUAUAAUUGAGCAACAGGGUAUUGAAAUAGUUGCUGAAGAAAAGCCUGAACAGGUGACAAAUCUUCCGAAAGAAGCUAGAAUACAAAAAUCAAGGGAAGAAGACUUGAGGAAUGCUUUAUUCUUUGAAUCGAUGUCUGCUCAUGAUAACUUUUCACUGCGUGAAGGUGAGAGCAAAUAUGUACUUCAAAAACAGAAUGAAAAUUCGAAGACAGAAACUAAAGUUUCUGUUUUGACCGAUGAUCUUCCAUCUGAAGAUUUUGAAAAAGUAACACCACAGGAUAGCGAAGAGCAAGAGCUUUUGAGGCGUUCUGCCAUGUCAAAGGAGGAAGAAUUGAUGGCAGCAGCAUGUAAGCCUGCUGUACAGGAGGUGGAACAAUGUGACAAACCGUUGAAGGAAGCCACAGAUGAUUUGUAUCCAUCUGUCGAAGAACAGAAGCUGUUAAGAUUAACAGCACUGUCAGUUGAACCGGUUUCAUUUUAUGAUACACUUCUGCUGCGGGAAAGUGAAAGGAAAUACGUUUUGCAAAAGCAGAUUGAAAGUCCAAAGACAGAGGAGUCUGUUUUGAUUGAAGACAAGUUAUCGGUAGAUACUGCAUUGCCAAAGGACAAUGAAAAACAAGAGCUUUUGAAGGACCCAAUGGACGAAGCUCCGGAAUUAGUUGUGCUGGAAACAACUACUGCCACCACUUCGGCAGAAAGCAAAAAGCCAUGUCUAGACAGUGAAGAACAAGAGCUUUUGAGACUCUCGGCUGCUUCAAAGACAGGAGAUUUAGAAACAACUGUGACUACAUUCGAAGAAGCAACUUCUCCAAACAGUGAGGAGCAAGAGCUAUUGAGACUGUCGGCAACUUCAAAGGCAGAAGAUUUUGAAUCUGUUAUGCCUGAAAUUGCUGCUGAAGAAAUCAUAGCUCAACAACCUCCUUCAGAGGAUGCUCCAGGUGUUGACAGUGAAGAGCAAGAGCUUUUGAGACUCUCGGCUGCUUCAAAGGCAGGAGAUUUAGAACCAGUUGUUUCUGAAAACAUCACUGAAGUAAACAUAGUAGCCGAGGCUAUACUGGAAGAAGCUCCUAAUAGUGAGGAUCAGGAGCUGAUCAGAUUAUCGGCAGCUUCAAAGGCAGACAUUUUAGAGCCUGUUAUGCCUGAAACUGAAGUAUUGGCAGUAAACGAAGCUCCUUCGGAAGAUGUUUCUUGCGUAGACAGUGAAGAGCAAGAGCUUUUGAAACUCACAGCUGCUUCAACGGCCGAAACUUUGGAAGCAGUUGUUACUGAAGAACCUGUAUCUUGUCAAGAAAGUGAAGAGCAAGAGCUUUUGAGACUCUCAGCAGCAUCAAACGCACCCGAUUUAGAACCAGCUGUGCCUGAAAAUGCUGCUGAAGAGUUGGUAGCAAGUGAAACCCCUUCGGAUGAUAUUCCGUGCGUUGACAGAGAAGAGCAAGAACUGUUGAGACUUGCGACAGAAUCAAAGAAGGAAGAUUUAGAACAAUCUUUGGCUGAAAAUAUUAUCGAAGAAGUAGCUGGCACUCCAUUGGAACAUGUUCCAUGCCUUGACAGUGAAGAACAAGAGCUCUUGAGACUUGGGGCAGCAUCAAAGGCCGAUGCUUUUGUAACAAUCGCCUCAGAGACUACUGUUGAGGAAGUAACAGUUAGCAAAGAAGAGGAGGAUACAAGCUUGCCAAGUUUAUCAAACACAGAAGGUUUCCAACAGGUUGUAUCUCUGACUACCACUGAAGAAGUGUUGGUAUGUGAGAAUACGGUGGAAGAAGCUUUGCUUCCUUACGAUGAAGAACAAGAAACUUUGAAUCGCUCAGUUAUGUCGAAGACAGAAGCUUUAGAAUCAGUUUUGUCUGAGCCUGAUGUUGCUGGAGUGGUAGUAAGCCACGUACCGGUGGAAGAACUUCUAGAUAGCGAAGAGCAACAACUGCUGAGACUUUCGGCUACGUCUAAGGCAGAAACUGUUGAGCCAACUGUAACGACAGAAGAUUUACAACCAGUUGUGUCUGAAACUACUACUGAAAUCGUGGUAGUAAGUGAGAUGAUAGAAGCAUCAAUCCCAGACACGGAACUGUUAAGUCUUUCAGCAGUAUCGAAAACGGAUGAUAUAGAUUCCGGUAUGCCUGAACCAACAACUGAAGAAGUACAAGUUAUCGAGAAGUCGAUGGUAGAAACAUCAGACGGAGAAGAGUUCAUACAAAAGACGGAAACUUUGGUGACAGUUGUGUCUAAGACUGUAACUGAAGUGGUGAUCGUAAAUGAUAAACUGGUAGAAGAAGUGUCCUAUUCUGACAGUGAGGAACAGGAACUUUUGAAACGGUCUGUAAUGACCAACAUCGAAACAUUAGAACCAAUUGUUUCGGAGGUUACUGUUACAGAGGUGGCAGUAAGCGAUGAAUCUUUUGAAGAAGUACAAGCUCCUGACAGCGAAGAACAAGAGCUUAAGAGGCUUGCAGCUAUGUCUAAGGCACAAACAGCAGAGUCUAUGGUUACAGUCGAACAAGCAGUAAUAACAGAACAACAAACGGAGGAAGUACCAUGUCUAGACAGUGAAGAACAGGAACUUUUGAGACUCUCGGGUUUGUCAAAGGCAGAGUUAGUUUCACCAAAAGAUGCUUCAGAAGAAACAUCAGUUUAUGAAAAACCAGCAGAUCAACUCUCUAGUUCGAAGCUGUUACGACCGCCUUCGAUUGAAAGGAACACACAAGAACAGGAAGCAAUUGCUGCUGUUACUACAGUAGAGGUGGUAGAGCAGAUGGAAUCUUCACUGCACUCUGAGAACGUUCAACAGUUUGUGAUUGAACUGUCAGUAGCAGAAACUAAACAACCCACAGUACACGAAGACCUGGGUGACGAAUCAAUCAGUAGCGUAGAUGUAUCGAGAUCGGAUGCGUUUGAUUCAAGCAUGGAUUCGGUCAUCAGUAAGCCAGAGAUAUCGUUCAUUAGCAUACCACUGCAAAAGAAUGUGGCUGCGGAAGACAUUGAGCUGAUGGUUUCUAGCAUUGAAUCGAAUGAGGGUGUGGUAGAUGUCGCAUCCUCACCGGAUCAAGAUGCUGGAGAAGUUGUAGUCGAAGGCAAGCUGCUUGUUCAAGUAAACAUUCCCCAGAAGGGAACGGAUGAACGAAAGGAAAAACGGAAGAAGGAAAAGAAACAGGCUAAAAAGACGAAACAGUUACCACAAGAUGCGGGGGCUUUGAAGGAUUCUACCGACACAGUUAUUAUUACACCAAAAACUGAAGAACCCCAGGCACCGGUACCAAACGUGUGGGAACAAAUGAAGGGCAAGAAAACGUAUGCUGAGGUAGUAGCGGGCAGGGAAGCGGAACGCAGAAGACUUUUGGAGCUACAAAAGAAUAAGUCACUGUCUUCGGACGCGUCGAUAGAAGAAGAUAUUGAACCAGUAGUGCCCAAGGCUGUAAGUUCCACGGAUAAGACAAUGUCUCGUAACGAGAGUUUUGUUGAAGUUGAGCUAAGUAGCGAAACAGAUCUGCAAACUUUCAUUGAAAGCAACAAGAGUUACGGAAGUAUGGUCAAGUCAAGUAUGUCUUGGGCUGAUAUGGUUGAGGACGACAUGGCAGACAGUAGCACUGCUAGCAAUGCUGGUGUCAUUCCCUCAGAAGAAGAACUAAGCAAGAGCGAACCCAUCGCGUUGGUUGAAACGUCGAAUCAACCAGUGGAGGAUUCUAAAGCAAUCGAUCAGAACAAACAGAGCGACUCAGCUAAACGUGAAACAAACAAGAAGAAGAAAAAGCAAAAGAAACAGGCUCAAGAACAGGCUACUAGCUUUGCGACAGAUGUGGCACUAACUUCGGAAUUGGAUCAACCAAAGCAGGAUGAAACUACCGCCGCCGUAGAGGCAAACAUUUGGAAAACUGGUCCACUUUACGCUGAAGUUGUGGCUCAAAAUCUUAAGCGAGAGAAAGAAGCUUUGGAAGCACAAUCUGCUGCAGCCCAAUCCGAUGUCCAAUACGUUGUUAGUACGACACCGGAGAAGAUUGCUCAAGCGAUGGAGGUUGUGCUUCCAGCUACGGGGCAUGAUUUCGAUGCACCGGCUUCAGAGUUGAAUAAGAAGGAAGAAAAUAAAUCGAACAAAAAGAAGAAACAGGCUAAAUCACAACAAACUACAGUUGUUACGGAACAGAUUAUAACGACAUCUACGGCCAUGUCGGAAGAUACAGAAAUUGUACCCCAACAAACUGGCCAAUUUGAGCAAAGUUCUGCUCAAGUUAGUGAGUUAACUAUUGGAGAAACUCUGGCACUAAUUAUGCAGGAUGUACCAAAGGUUGUCCAAGAGGUCGUUACAAUUGUAGAACAACAACUGCCUUCAUCUGCGCCAGAAGUUUUGAACGAAACAGUACAGAAGAAGACUAGGGAUUCAGAUUCUGUUUCGGAAAAUGUUGACACCACAACUGACCGAAAAUCUAAAAAGUCUAAGAAAUCUAAGAAAACAAUAACCGAGAUCGUUAAUCAACCUGAAUCGGUUGGUCAAUCUGUUGUUGAAACAAACAUUGCAAGUAUUGAAGCAACUAAGACAGAUGAUACCGAAUCAGAUUCUUUGGUAGCACCUGCGAAGGAAGUGGCACAGCCUCAGCCUGAAGAUGCUAAUUCUAGGGUGAAGAAGACCAAGAAAAAGCAGAAGAAGAAGCCUUUGAAACAUACUUCCAGCGAUGAGUCCCCGGACGUUGAACCGGAAGUUAGUGGUGAUUCGGCUAUUGAAGAAAUCCAGGUACAAAUUAUUCAAGAUGUACCGAAGGUUGUCCAAGAAGUUGUUACAAUUGUAGAACAACUGCCUUCAUUCGUACCAGUAGUUUCGGACGAAACACUACAAGAAAAGGCAGACGAUACAGACUCUGUUUCAGAAAAUGUUGACACCACAACUGAACAAAAAUCCAAGAAAUCUAAGACAACAACAUCCGAGAUCGUUGAUCAACCUUUGCCUGAAUCGGUUGCUGAAGCUGUUGUUGAAGCUGUUGUUGAAACCAACAUUGCAAGUGUUGAAGCAAUUAUGCCGGAUAAUACCGAAUUGGAUUCUUUGGUAGUACCGGUAAAGGAAGUCGCACAACCUCAACCCCAAGAUUCUACUUCUAGGGCGAAUAAAACCAAGAAAAAGCAGAAGAAGAAGCCUUUGAAACAUGCUUCUAGCGAUGAGUCGCCCGAUGUUGAGUCACACGGUAAGCCAGAAGUUAGUGGUGAUUCGAAUAUUGGAGAAAUUCAGGUACAAAUUACUCAAGAUGUACCCAAGGUUGUCCAAGAGGUUGUUACAAUUGUAGAACAACAACCACCUGCAUCCGUGCCAGUAGUUUCGGAUGAAACACUGCAGGAAAAUGCGGAGGAUACAAAUUCUGUUUUGGAAAAUGUUGAUCAACCUUUACCUGUGUCGGUUGUUGAAACUGUUGUUGAAACGGUUCUUCAAACUGUUGUUGAAACCAACAUUGCAAGUGUUGAAGCAAUUAUGCCGGAUAAUACCGAAUUGGAUUCUUUGGUAGUACCGGUAAAGGAAGUCGUACAGCCUCAACCCGAAGAUUCUACUUCUAGGGCGAAUAAAACCAAGAAAAAGCAGAAGAAGAAGCCUUUCAAACAUGCUUCCAGCGAUGAGUCACCCGACGUUGAGCCACACGGUAAGCCUGAAGUUAGUAGGGAUUCGACUAUUGGAGAAAGCCAGGUACAAAUUACACAAAAUGUACCGAAGGUUGUCCAAGAAGUUGUUACAACUGUAGAACAACUUUCGGACGAAACACUACAAGAAAAGGCGGACGAUACCGAUUCUGUUUCGGAAAAUGUUGCCACUACAACUGAACAAAAAUCCAAGAAAUCUAAGACAGCAAGAUCCGAGAUCGUUGAUCUACCUCUGCCUGAAUCGGCGGUCGAAACUGUAGUCAAAACCAACAUUACAAGCGUUGAAAUGACUAUACAAGAUGAUACCGAAUCAGAUGGUUUGGUAGCACCUGCGAAGGAAGAGGUACAGCCUCAACCCGAAGAUUCUACUUCCAAGGCGAAUAAAACCAAGAAAAAGCAGAAGAAGAAGCCUUUGAAACAUGCUUGCAGCGACGAGUCGCCCGACGUUGAGCCAUAUGAUCAAUCUUCUGUUAAGACUAUUGCAGCAGCAGUUCCACUGUCGGAAUCUCCUAAAGAAAUUGCUCACCUUCAGGAGCAUGUUCAUGAAAACAAGGAGUUUGUCGAAUUGGUUGUAAACAGCGAAACGCAAUCCAUUUUCGAUCAGGAAAAACAUGUGAAAUUCUCUGGGGAAAUUGAGAUUCUUAAGGAGGUACCGUUAUCGGAAUCACCUAAAGAAAUUGAACAUCUUCUAGAGCAUCACGCACACAAGCCAUCAUCGCUAACACUGGAGAUAGUGGAACCAGUGGCGGUGGAGCACGCUGACGAUGCGCAUCGGCAUGUGCAUUUUGUAGAGGAAGUGUCAAUAGUGCCACUGGUACCACUUUCUGAAUCUGUCAAGGAAAUAAAGCGCCUAUCUAGUGUAACAGAACACUCUGAAGAGGAGAAGAUUGAACAGCCUGUUGAAGAUCUAGCUGAAGAGGAUAGCAGUGGUGAGCGUAGGGUAAAGUUUGACCAACAGGUAGAGAUACUACCCACUGUGCCGUUCUCUGAAUCGAGCAAAGAAACCGAGCGAGACGUGCAAGUGGACAGAGAUGCAAAGAACAUUUGCUCAGCUUUGGAAAUCUCUACCACAACCAUCAGUGAAGCGAACGCAAUGAAAGUUGAAGUAGUUGAGCUGGUGGGCAGUCCCAAUCUGAUAAAACCAGAAGAAGAUAAACGCGUUAAGUUUGACCCCUUGGUGGAAGUGUUACAAAACGUACCAUUCUCAGAAUCCGUCAAGGAAACGGAAGCCAUUGGAAGUGAAAAGCCCGAACAAGCACCAUUGCGCGAAGAUAGUCCAGACAUUUUGCCCCAAGCAGAAAGACGUGUGUCCUUCUCGAAAACUGUAGUUAAGAUUGAGUUGGAACAAGUCGAUAAUGAUGAAGAUGAUUUUGAAGUGAUUGAUAUGGCAGAAGUUGAGGAAGUUGUAGUUUCUUCUGUAGAUACAGUUGAAAAUCGUGAAGAGGAAGUGAUUACGCCUCAAGAUCUACAGCAAAACGACAGCCCUAGCUCAGUUUCUGAAGUGAUCGAUACGGUGGAAGUUGAAGAAGUUGUUAUUCUUCAUUCCGAAACUGUUGAAAAGCGUAAUCUACAGCAACACGAUAGUCCUAGCUCAGUUUCUCAAGUGAUUGAUAUAGCGGAAGUUCAGGAUUUUAAUGUUCCUCCCGCUGAAACUAUUGAAACGCGUGAAGAAGAAGCGAUUGUGCCUCAAGAUCUACAGCAAAACGAUAGCCAAAGCUCAGUUUCUAAUACAGCACCACAGGAGGUAGAACAGAAUACUUCCAAGAAGUCCAAGAAAUCUAAGAAAAAGUCGAAAAAGCAACUAGGUACCCAAGCUGCCUCUCUGGAUGAGCCCGAGUUCGGCAGCCAAGGACCUGCACCGUCCGAUAGCGACGCGACUCCUCGGGCGGGACUUCUGUACGCAGAAGUUGUUGCACAAAGGCCAGAAAAGGAUGAUCGUAGUGCGCUGAAAGCUCAGAUAACAGAUUUGGACACUGAGACGGUUGUAAGGGAGGAUUACUUGGUAGUGCAGGAAAUUUCAAUUUCCACCGAGCCUCGACCUCACGAGGCAGACAUUGCCCAGACUGUCCAAUACGAAAUGACACUCAAAGCGGAUUCCAGUCCCAUUGAGUCGUUGGAGGUUAUGGAUGUUCAUGUCGAAGAAAGCAUUGUUUUGCCUAAAGUAAAUGAUCAGUCAGCUAGCGCAGUAGGCCAAUCCGUUGAUCGGGAAAGCACGAUAGAACAGCAAGACGUACAGCAAGGUCUAAGCGAACACGGUUCUCAGUUUGUUUUGCCACCUAACGAGACGGCGGGUGAUGAAUUUGUAGUGGAAGAUAGUUCAUUGCACGAUGUGCCUUUAGAGAUGCAUUCGGUUGAAAGUGUUACAACAGAACAGCCCACGUGCACCGCCGAGGAUCAACCUCUGUCCAUGCAGGGGCUUUACUGCAUUUGGCAGGACAGGUCUUGGCUUGAUCGAUCGUUGUACAGUCAGGCGGAGGAGCGAUAUGCGCGGGUUAGCGUUGCCCAGGAGCAACAGCAAGUCGCACCGAGCGGUGCAUCGUGCAUCGUCGCCGACACACCACCAACAGCAACAGUAACAACAACAGCUGCCCCUGCAGCCACUAACAAUGUACUAACAACAGCGACAGCAACAGCAUCAACACCAAUGCCUCACAUCCCCUGCGAAGAGCUAUCCUUGCAGCAAACCGCGACCACAAGUCUUUGUGAUCCAUCCCCUGUACCCGACUCCAUAUCUCCCGUUCUCCCUUUCACACCCAACACUCCAUCCCUAGCUCCUUCUCCCCCAACAACCCCCGAUACUCCCUUAGGUUCAACGGACAGCGUAGAAUUAAGUAAACAAAAUGUGGCUGAAUGCACAGACAGUAAACAGGCACUAGCGCAAAGUGUGGAAAGUAUUCUGGACUCGCUGAUCAGUGCGGAACUAGAGAUGAACAAUCUGCCGUACGACAACGUGAACGAUCUCAUCAAGGGUCUGCAGAUCCUUAUAACGAACCUAGCCGAGUAUAAGCGGCAAAACUAUGCGAUUGCGAGAUCGCUACCGGUUAACGCGGACAGCCACGUCCGGGCAGCGGUCGAACAGAUCGACGAACGAAUCGACCUAUUACGGCAGCGAGCGGAAAAUGGCCUUGAAAAGAUUCAGCAAACACUGAAGCAACGCGAACAGCGGAAGGUGGAAAUUCGGGACUAUCUCGAGCUGUUGGAGGAGAUCGAACGAUGGCUUUCGGGGACCAGCAUACAGCUGAUGGAAGUGACCGAGUGCAGCACGGAGGAGGAAAUGCGACGACGCAAAGAGCAAGAAAGUGCUGUGCUGAACGAUUUGCGCGCCAAGGAACAGUACUUGCGCGAUGUGCUGGACAAGACGGAAUCGUACCUGGUGUACAAGGACGUGAGCGAUCGGACGGUGACGUUGCGAGAAAAUUUGACCCUACUGAUACGUAUCUUGCGCGAAAAGGCUUUAAUACUGGAAAAUAACAUUCAGCGGCUUGCCGAUCAUUUGCAACCUGCCACUACGGUGGAGCAGACGGUACAACCGCAAACCGUAGACAUUGAAAGUCAAACGAGCCCACUGGCUUCGAUGGAACCGGUGCCCGUUUCGCUUGAUAUAGUGCGCAGUGAAGUGCAAGUUCCUUCGACGGUUGCUGUGUCCACUCAGGAAUCAUCUGUGCAAACACAACCCGCACCGGAACACUCGACCGAUAACAUCCUGAUCAUACAGUCCGUUGUCAACGGGCGGGAAACUGUGCAGAUCUCCAAUGUACCACGAGCGCACGGUAUCGCUGACCAGCCGUUGGAAGAGUCUGUGGUUGUGGAAGCGAAGUACACACAACCCGCCGAAGGUAGAGAGAGUGAACGAUCUUCGGAGUUGCUGGUGAAAAACAUUCCGACCCAAUUCGAGACGACGUUUGUCGAACCAGACGAGACAACGACGGAGAUUGUGGUAAACCGGGACGGCUCCAAGAAGAUCACUCUGCGCAAGGUGGUACAGCCAGCCCAAUCCAUUGAGUCAACAAUCACAGGAAAGGCUUCGAUUGUAACCUCAGUCGAGUUGGCACCAGAGCAGUCUGAUGCACCGGCAAUAACCGCUGAGGAAAGUACGGUGGUCGUCGACGUUGAAGGUGUUGACGUUGUGCUGGAAGAGCAGAGCACCGAGCAGAAGCAGCAGGAAGACCCAGUGAUAGAAGCUAGCUCACCACCUGCCGCCAGCGACGCACCCGUGCUGGAAACGGCGCAAACCGUUGUUGAGGAGGUGCUGGAACAGCUGGAGCAGAAACUGAUAACGGCUGAGCAGGCUGUCGAGCAACAGCAGCCGGACGAACCGUCACAGGUAUUCGAUUCACAUGCUCAAAAAAUCGCACAAGUAGAGUUGAUUGCUUCUAUCGUUGAGUCACAAACUAGCAGUAGUACACUAUUAGGCGUUGAUGCUGCUGCUGCUGCAGUUGUUGCUGCUACCGCUCCUACCGAUGCCACUGUUGCAAUCGAUUCCUUAAGCCUUACCGAACCACUUACAGCCGGCGGGGAAUUAAGCGUACCGGUCGAAAGGCCAGUAGAGUCGCUCGAAGACAUCUGGCCACCGUCGCAGUAUGUAUGUGUAGAUAACGUUCCGGAUAGAUCGAUACCGGUCUCACCGGUACAUGUGCGAACGGAGGAAACGGUUGAAGUGCCUGUACAACGGCAAGAGAGUGAAGAGGCACAACAAGUAUGGCCAACCAGCCCCGAACGUGGUUCUGAUUACAUCGAGAUAGAGCCGAAUGUCAUGAAACCUCAGGAAGUGAAGGAGGAAGAAACAGUAGUUCCAAUAGUGAUGGAGGAAGCAACGCUAGAACACGUGACGGUAGAUCGAGAUCAGGAAAUUGAGGUGCCUAUUGUGAUGGAAGGAGUGAUUAGCGUGUCGAGUGUGCCUGAGCCGGCUGAUACUACUGGUGAAGUUUUGGAACAAACGGUUCAAGUAAAGGAAGAUCUUCCUGUACCAACACAAGUUGCAGAAGUUCCCGUAGAAACGAUCGUUGUGAAGAUUGAGGAUGAAAGCAAGCAAUUGGAACCCAUUGAAACGGUAGUUGUUGAAGCUUCUACCUUGACAGACGAGCCAACGCUGGAAAUGAUUGAGACCACUACGAUGAGUUCCGAACCAGUGGUGGAAACAACGAUCACGCGUACCACCGAUACAAUCGAGGACAGUGAUAGCUGCACUACAAUAGUAGAAACGGUAGUGAUAACCAAGACGACAACAACGGAAGAAGUGAUCGAAAUUCCGGUGGAGGCUGAACAGCUCGAAGCUACUGCAGGCGAUGAUCAAGACGAAACGGUACUGAUUGAAAAGGUGACGCAUGUGACCACGAUUGUAGAGCAUGUUAUGGUCGAGGGUGGAAGCGAGGAUGCGCCCGAACGACCAGCAAUUGAGGAGAUAACGAGUGAACCAUCUGCUGAGACGGGACUGGUGAAGCAAGAACAACCAGCGCCACCGGAGCUGGCCGAUGAUGAGACGAACCUACAGGUACAGGUUGCAUCGAUCGGUGAAACGCAAAGCUCUUCGUUGCGAGUUUCGAUGACCGUUGAUCCGACCGAAACGAAGAAGAUCAGUGUGAGCUUGAUCGAGAUUAAACCAUCGACUGGGGAAGCUCCUGUGGAGGAAGGCAAACAGACGGCCGCACCAGAGUCGCUGGAGUUUGAAGAGAUUUCCGGUCUAAAGGCUGUUGAAGUUGAUCCGGGAUAUGAGGCAGAUAAAACGGCUACCGCUGAAGGUGAACCCGAUGACGACGAUAAGGGCAAGAAGAAGCGCAAGAGAAAGAAGAAGGGCAAGAAUGAAAACGAAAAGGCUAGCAAUACCGAUCAAUCGGGUCCGGAGCCGAAACCUUCUGCACCUGCCGAUGGACGUUUGUCGGUGGCCCAGGAAUCCGAGCAGCGAUUCGAUUCGUACCAAAGCUUUACGGAGGAAGAUCAACCACAGGUUAGCACCGUGAACGUGCUGGAAGAGGCAGUCGAGCCGGAGAUGAUCGAGGUGCCGAUAACGAUUCAGGAGAAGAUUGUCGUCCCAACCGAGGUGAUUGAGGCGAUCUAUACUGAGGAUGUGCAGCAGCAAACUACUCCGAUAGAGUUUGCCUCAGGACGGAGCGAUUCGGUCGAUGUCGAAAUCGAGAAGAUCACUUCCGAGCGGUUGAUGGUACCGAUCGAUUGGGAGCAACGUUCGAUGCAGACAUCACCAGAACCAGUGAUUCAGCGUACCUCACAGCAAACCUCUCCGCUUACGAUCGAGCAGGAGGGUACCGAGCAGGAGACGAAGGAAAUCCAAACCACAGCUGUAGAAGCGGCCGAGAUUGAAACACAAACCGCUCAACCGGUGGAGCUAAUUCAACAAGAAGCUCAAACGGACGCAGUGGAGGAUUCGCCCGCUGCUGCACGUGAGAUCGAUACAGUGGAUAUGGCCAAUCAAACCGUUCCAAUCGAAACGAAGGAAACUCAACAGCAGGCGGAGAAUGCGGAAGAAAUCGUUGGUCCUAUUUUGGGACAGAUCGUGAAGGAAGUGAUCGAUCCAGCGACGCUCUACAAACCAUCAUCGAUGCAAACCAGCCCGGUACAUUUUGCUGAAGAUGCUGAAGCACCAAAAGAGAGCUCAGAUGUUCAGACGGCGGACGAAAGUGCACAAACAAGCUUCCCGGAGGUGCAGGAUGCGAAUGUGGAAACGGAGAUGGUGAGUGUUGAAGACCGUGCCAACUCUCCGUUGGCGGAAUCUCCAGCUGAGGUGCAAUCUUCUGUUUUACAACCUGUAUCUACCACGGAAACUGCCAUGCAGACAAGCCCGAUGCACGAUGUGACGGUUGCAGAGCCUUCCACCGUCUCUCCGAAGUACGAAAUACAGGAUGAAAUUCUAAUUCAAACAGUCGCACAACCCUCGGCACCGAUCUUGGAAAGCGUUGAUAUGCAAACCGUGCAAGUGCCUACGAUGGAAUCGGACGCUCAAACCACUCCAGUGACGGUGACGGAAAUUACCGAAACUGUCACCAUUAGCACACAGACGAAGCAGCAAGAGUCAGCGCCAGCUGGAGAGGAGGUCGUAGAGCCAACGCACGAUGAAAAAGAAAGCAAGAACAAGCGUGACAAGAAGAAAACAUCGAAGAAAUCCAAGGACAAAUCGAUCCCGAUCGAGGUGGAAGUUAGUACGCAGAUGGUUGUACCAAGCAUGAGCGCUGCCGGUGUACCGUUGGUUGGUGCCGCUGGAAGUGAAUCAGUAACGGUGACGAAAACAAUCAUCACGGAAGGCAAGAGUGUCGAUGGGCAGGGAGAUAUCGGUUUGAACAUACAGGUUGACAUUGAUCCUAGCUUCGGUACGGUUGAGCAGAGCACAAUGGCUGGUUCCGCGAAACCAUCUACGACGGUCAGCUGUCCCAUCAACGAAUCGCUGGACACGCUGCAAAGUCAAAAUCUGCAGCUGAGCCUGUCCGAUUGCUUCUCGAUCAUCAAGUCGCAGCAAAACUACGCUGAGAAUCGCGUCAUCCCGUGGCAGGACAUUAAUCGAAUGAUGAUGAGCAUCAAAUUCCCGUCGGUAUCAUCCGCGGAGAGUGAUGACCAGCGAGGUAACGAUUAUCCCAUCAUCUGCUCCACAAGCUUACCUACGGAAGAGGACGACACGGGCGCCGCGAAUGACGACCUACAGCACGUGCUGCAGCUGUUACAGGAGAAUGAAAACGAUCCAGCUGCACAGCAGCACCUCCUUUUCAAUGUCGUGGAAAAUGUUGUCAAGUCGCUGGAAGAUCUCGAUACAGGUGUUGCGCAGGCAAGCGUCUCCGACGGCCCAUCGUCGGUGGAACGUGCGAAGCUGCACAGGGUGUACAAAAUUCGACUCAUUCGCAUCGAAGAGCACAUCGUGAAGAUAAUUACGUACGUGCAGCGCUCUAAGACCGGCCCCAACAAGGAGGUGGACGAGUGCCUAAACCAUCUUCUGCGCCAGGUAAAAGCACUAGAGCAAACUGUAGCCGAUGGAGAGCAGAAGUUGGAUGCAAAUGCUACCGAGCUGCGUACAAUCAGCGGUAAGGUGCGUGCUCUAAGCAAUACCGUCGCUGGAAUUGAAAGCACCUUCGGUGACCUCGUAGCGAACGAUACCAUGUUCAUCGCGACAAAGCUAUGCAUGAUUCGGGAAAUUGAAAUGAACUGUCGCGUCGCACAAAACUCCUUAACGGCGUGCACAAACGAGUACAACAGUCGGGAGCUGAAAUCGGAGGACGAUGGCAAGCUGCCGGGUGAGAUGGAGCAAAUCGGCCAUCAGCUGCGCAGGUUGGAGAAUGGGCUGGUGCUGGAAAGCAACAAGCUGAUCCAACUCGGCAGCCUUGCCGAAGAGUACGAGCAGACGCUGCUCGAGUUCCAGGAGAUCACCGCCACCGCGGAAGUGUUUAUCGAGAACGAGAUCGUAACGAACUCGCUCGAGGAGCUGCAGGAGGAAAUGCAACGCUAUCGUAAGUUCUUCGUGAAUCUGAACCACUGCAAGGCGAUACUGGAGUCGCUGGAAACGAACCUCGAUCCACUGACGCGUCAGAAGUAUGCCGAGCUGCACUCUUCGCUGUACAAUCGUACGAAGGUGAUCCUGGAGCGGGCUGUUGAUCGAGCUGGUAAGCUUGCACUGGCCGCAUCGCGCUGGACCGUGCUCGAGAAGGACAUGGUCGCGGAACAGCAGUGGCUUCAGGUGGCUCAGCAGCGUGUGCCCGACUUGAGUAAUGUCUCGUCGCAGGACUACGAACGGUACAUUACAAUGUACGAGUCGCUCGACCAGGAUAUUGGCAAUCACUUGACGAAAUUGCGAUCGUACAAUGAGACGGCACGCCGCAUGCAAGAACUGAUCUCCGCCCCGAUCGUUGAGAAGGAAAGCAACGAUGCGCUGGUAGUAGCGAUGCAGCUAAAGGAAGAGGUUUCGCUCUACCUACGCCUGCUGACCAAGUUCAAGACGCAUUGGAAUCAGUACAAUGUGCACGCCGACCGUCUGGGUGACUGGGUCCAUCAGAACGAGGGCAGACUAGCGUACAUCACGAUCGAAAAGAACCUGUCCGAAACGUCGGUCGAUCAUAUGCGAACGUUCUGGGAAAUUAAGGCCCAGUACGAGGUGCUCAACAACAAGGUGUACAAGAGCGCUUGCGAAACAUUCGAUCGUGCGCUGGAUACGAUCCCUGUGACAGAUGAACAGUUACAGCGACAGCUGCACGGUCAGCUCCUCGACAACUGGUACGCCGUCUCGAGCCGCAUCGACAACAUCCAGCGCGACAUUACGGACUCGAUGAAAACGGAAGGUACGCCACCAAGCGACAAGCUGGCAUUCAUCGAGCAGGAGCUGCAGGAGAUUGCACGCGAGUUCGAUAGUACCAAGUCGGUGCUGAAGAGCCACGAUGAUCUGUACCUCUACAUCGAGCGGAUACAGACGCUCAAAACGCGCAUCCAGCUGAUCGAUACCCAGCUGGUCAGUCAGUUCGCCCUCGCCCUCGACUGUGACACGGAGGAGGUAAAUGCGAUCUUCACGCGAUCACGCUUCCUGCUGCACCAGAUAACGGAUGAGCUGCAAGCAGCGGAAACGUUCUACGGCCGGUUGGAAGACAUUGAGCAGGGCAUUGCAGCUCAGGAGCAGCGCUUAGCAGAUAUUGCUCGUGUGCUGGAUGAGUGCAGUGGUAGCGUUAAUGGUAAACGAUCGGCCAUUGAGAAGGCUCUGACGGACUGCAAAACAAGCCAAGAAGCACUCGGACCUUGUUGGAACGAGUUGAUGCGCUUGCGCCAGAUGCUUCACACGCUGCCGAUGAACCUGAAGGUGUCCGUGUCGCCACUACAAACCGAGCGUGAUCUGUCGACGCUACAAAAUGUGCACAAUGAUCUGGAGCGCCGCUCGGAAGAGGUGAUGACGCUGCUACGCAACCGCUUGGCACUGUGGAACAAGUUCCACAAGCAGCUCGACAUGAUACAGGAGCAUGUGCAGGAGACGGAGUUCAUGAUGGAGCUGUUGCAGCUCCAGGAAAGUGCUGACUACAACCGACUGCUAAAGGCUACGGAACGGUUAGAUACACUUCUGACGGAUAUUGAAAGCAGAAAGGGCAUGAUUGAGGAUUUGCACACGAUCGCCCAGCCGCUGGUGGAAACGUCCGACGAGAGUGUGUCGGCCGAGAUCCAGGAAACCGUGCAGCAGAUUAGCGUCGUGUGGGAAAGUACGCGCGAGAACUUGCGCGAUCUGUGCGACCGGUACGAGAAGGCAGUGAAACUGUGGCAACACUAUCACGACGUCUGUGAAGCGGUGAAAGAUUGGGUCAACCAUGAGUACACGGAUUACGAUGAUUUGCACCGGCUGGAAGAUCUCCCACAGGUGGAAGUGUACCAGCAGGCACUGCUCGAUCAGCGCCAAGAGGUUGAGAAGCUGCGUAAACUGAUCGGUGACAUCAACGAGCAGGUUGGGUUCAACAUUGGCGAUACGCUGCUGACGGAGAUCGACGAGUGUAGUAAGAAGCUGGAAGAUAUCGAGCGGAAUGUGGUGGAGCAACGAAGCAAGGUACAUGAGCGGGAAGUUGCACGAACGGAGAAGGCUAAUACCGUGCAAUCGUCCCGUGGUUUGUUGAACCACAUUCAGCAGAGCCUCCAGCAAUCGGCACACUCUCAGCGUACUGCCGACGAGAAUCUGUACAAUAAGAUCGUUGAUCUACGCUCGUACAUGUUGAGUCUGUGCGGAACAAUCGCCCGUCUUAAGGACAUUCAGCGCGAACGCGAACCAGCGGAUGAUAAUGGCAAUCUGCAGAAUCUGCACUCAAUUUCGCAAAAUCUGCUACAGGAUUCGUUCCAGCAGUACCAGGAGUUGGUGCAGCAGCUCGUCACUCAAACGGAGGAUGAUGAGCGCUUGUUAGAAUUCUGGCAAGAGUAUCUUCAGUUUGUGCUGACGUUCCUGUCUGAACCUAUCCCGAGCGAUUACGGUCAGCUGAAGGCACACCGCGAACAAUGUCGGCUCAUUAGAAUGCUACUGAUAAGCCUCCGCAAAGUGCUGCUACAGAAGAGCAAGAUCGACGUCCGGUUGGUGGAGCGGUUCAACGAGCUGAGCGAACUGCAUGCCGAUCGGAUCGAUCGUUUCUCGGAACGAAUCACCGAAACAGACAAUCGACUGUGGCACUGGGAAAAGUUCCGUUCGCUUGGUGACGAUCUGUAUGAGGCACUCGCUAACAUCGAACGGGAAAAGUUCACGCUCCAGCUGGAGUACAUCAAUCUGCAGGAACUGCCGAAGCUGAUCGGCAAGGUUAACGGUUUGCUGGAACAGUUCCCCCGGCUGGAUGGUGAUCUGAGCGCAAUGAAUCAGGAGCUGUCGCAGCUGACACUGUACACGAAGGACGAAUGUACGCUGGUGGGAAUGCGAAGCGAACAGGGUAAGAUUGCGGAAAAGAUUUCCAAGCUGCAGGACAAUGUGGAAACGUGGAAGAACUUCUUGUUCGGCAUCGAAGAGCUGCACGGUCGGUUCGGGAAGCAAUCGUACGAGGUGGAGACGAGUUUGCGCGAACUGCAAGAGUGUCUGGAUGAGCUGGAAGCGGAUCAACGUAGUACGGCCGGUUCGGGCAUGGAGCAUCGGUUGAGUGGUGUGCAGGCACGACUGAACCUCGUCAAGAAUCAUCACGUCCGAUUGAACACGGUACGGGCGAAUCUGGAACAGGUUGGCCAAGUGCAGGAAGAGCUCAAGGCAUGUAUCAGCAUGUUCGAUGUGCAGCGCCUGCACAAACGCGUUUGGACGUUGUGGCAGAUCUUCAGCAAGCUGGAGCAGCGUAUCGUACUGCAGGUGAAGCGUAGCGAGGAGGCGUCACGCAAUAGAAAACUCUUCCUCGAGCACUAUUACUCGCUGACAGAAUGGAUGCGACUGUUUGAGAACAAGCUGAACGAUACGAACAAGUACGAGUCCUGUACCGACGAUCAAGUGUUCAUUCGCAGUAUGGAGGAAUCGAUGCGUCAGGAGUUAGCGUUGAAGGAAUGCGAAAAGGAUUGGCUUACCUCCAUGGGCAAGGAUCUGCUGGCGCACUGUUCAACGGCGGAAGAGCACACCGAAAUUAUGAACCAUCUCGAGAAGCUUCACGCACAGUGGGACUAUCUGUGGCGACUGUGCGACAGUCGCGCUCAGAAGAUAUCGGAAAUUGAGGUAACGAUGCGUUCGCUGGAAUUGCGCAUUGCCGAGCUGCGAGCGUGGAUGGAAACGAUCGAGCGCGAGCUUCGGAUGCCGUUUGCGGUGGACAGUUUGGAGAAAACCAAUCUGGACCGAUUGCUGGACGAUUACGAAAAGCUACAGCGAUCAAUCGAGGGCAACAGUGGUAAUGUGGCGGAAGUAUUGAAUCUGUGCGAGAUGUUGUUCAUUGAUGUGCAGUCGUGGAAUGUGCAUAUUAACCGUCGAAGCAUUCAGAAUGAUGCAAAGGAUCUGGACUGGCGGUGGAAGAACGUGUGCAUGGAGUCAGGCCGUCGAAAGCAGGAUCUACUGGCCCUGUGGAACAUGCUGCUGGAGUUGCAGAAGAUUGUGGAAUCGCACCAGCAAUGGGUGCACGAACAGCACGCGUACGUUCGACGCCUAGAGCAAUCGGCCUCUUCCCUCGAUGGCGAUCAGCUGGCCGAUGAGCUGGAAAGUAUCGCGCUUCGAAUGAAUGAUGUCGUUGCACAGGAACCGAUCCAAUGCAUCAUGCGCCGGCUGUACAUAUCGGUGGCGCACCACGAUCGCAUCACGGCCGAUGGUUUGCGCUUCCUCACAGCCCCAGCCCAGCAAAUGCUGCUACUCUGGGAACGACUACACGUGAGCCUAACCAGUCUGCGUACCGAGGUAGAACGCUACCGAUCGGAGUACGGUACGUUCGUGAUGGAGUACGAGCGUAUCAUUCUCGCGCUGACACAGAUCGACGUGCAGGUGACGCAGAUCGAACACAUUCCCCCGGAACAGACAGCAGAUGGUCCGGUGUCUGCGGAAGCACGCAUUGAUCGCUUACGAGAGCUUCACAGUGAGCUGCUGUUCGUGGUGAACCUGUUCGAAAAGGAGGACACGCUCGGUGCGGGCCUAAUCGAACGACACGCCAACAAUAACACCAUGACGGAAGACAUUCGACAGAAGAUGGCUGAAUAUCACGAGCUGGGCAAUAGCGUCAAGACGCGCCUCGAUGCACUGCUAACCCGAGCAACGGAAGCGUUCGAAGUACGCCACGAAAAGGAAGUGGCCGUCCAGGUAAAUACACUGCGGCUCGAGCGCAGUGAGUCCAUUACAGCGAAGGAUGCCUACCGCUAUCAACUGGAGACGGCACUGACCGAAGCUGACACCAACCUGCGCAAGCUGGAGGAAGCGAUCGAAGCAAUCAAUGCGAACAACUUCAUGUCGUCGACGCAGAACGUUUCCAAAGCGUCCGCUGCCUGCGAGUCCUCGAUCGAGCUGAUCAAGCAUUUGAGCACACUGCUGCUUGCAGAAUGUCACGCCACAGUGGAGGAAGCUUUCAGUGUGCGUGUGAAAGAAGAAACGGAACGAUAUCAUCGUUUGUUGACCGUGUGGAAGGAGAAGCAAGAGCAGCUGGAAGAAUCAAGGAUCAUUCCUAAUGCUUACAAUUUUAACUGCGUACACAAUGCGGACUACCUAACGUGUCCGCUGUGUACGAACCGCAACUGGCAGCAGAUCGAUAACGAUCUAUGGCGCCUCGAGCAGUGGCUCGCUAUGGCGGAAUCGACGCAGCGCAAUCAACUCUCCAGCCCACCAUCCGACAUCGAUGCGCUGGAGGACACGAUACAGGACCAUCGCGAGUUCCUGCUCGAUCUCGACAGCCACAAGAGCAUCAUCAAGUCGCUCAACAUUGUCGGCGAACAUCUGGCGACGCACACGCGCGAUACCGAUCGGGCGGCCAAGUUGCGCGAGCGGCUGCAGAAGAACAACCGCCGCUGGGAUGCCGUCUGUACCGGGGCGUCCCGCUGGCAGUCGGCACUGAACAGUGCGCUGAUGGAGAACCGCGAGUUCCAUCGGACGAUAGCGGAGCUGAGCGGAUGGUUGGAGCAGACGGAGAACAAGAUCAAGAGCUCCGAACCGAUCGAUCUGACCAGCGAUCAACGGUUGGUGGAGAAGAAGUACCGCAUGUUCCGGGAGCUGCGGGCGGAUCUGAUGCGUUGCGAGCCGCGGGUCGUGAGUCUGCAGGAGACGACCUCCCAGCUGACAAAGUACGUCGAUGCGAACAAGUCGGAAAAGUUCGAUGAAGUGUAUGCAAAGCUGACUGAUCUUCGGCUGCGCUUCCACUCGAUCCGCCGCCUGGUGGAGAUGUACAUCAUCAAGAUAGGUGCCGCGUUGGGCUAUGACAGCAGCACCAGCCUGGCCGAAAUUCCUUCCUCCUCCUCGAACGCCUCGCUGGCGACCGUCGAUCGGCAGCAGGCACGACGCCGACAGGCAUCCGAACAGCAGGAGAGGCACCAGCAAGAUGGUAGCGGAUCCCGAAACCAUCCAUCACAAGCGUCGGCACACGAUUCCAGUACAAACAUUGGCAGUGCAGAGGGCGACGACGAUGUCAUCAACACCACGAUACUCACGCGAAGCUAUCGAUUCUUGGGCCGUGUCAUACGUGCCUCGUUGCCCAUCCAGGCGAUGCUGUUAUUGCUGCUCGGUGUGGUCACGCUCAUGCCCCACGGUGAGGAGUACUCCUGCACCCUGGCCAACAACUUUGCCCGCAGCCUGGAACCGAUGCUACGCUAUCCGAACGGUCCACCACCGAUCUAGCGACCUGCGAACGAGCGGGCCGCAACAACCACCACCACCACCACCACAAUCCAAUAUCCCUUCCCUGACUCCAUUCCUUGUGUUCCUUUUAUAAAGCGCAAAAUGAGGCAAUUUUAGUGUGAGAGAGAGAAAAUGGGAACAAAUGCUCCCAGCAGUGCCCGGAUAGCUCUUCAAACAUGGAAAGAAUGGCACACUGUAUGCUGUACAGCCUUUAGAAACAACACACCGUACAUAAAUAUUGUAUUGCCAUUUUGUUUUUGCACAUACUUACAUUAGCUAGCUAUAGUUCGAAUGGCGAAUCGAAAACCAACGAAAAGCACGACGCAGUAGUAUAACCGCGCGUGUAGCAAACCGAGAAGGGAAUACUCUUCUUCUUAAUACCUUUUAAGUACACCCUUUAAGCUCGAUAUAACUUUGGUAAACAGAAGAGCUGCUGGCAACUAAUCUACCCCCUCACUAACCUUUUAGAUGUAUUUAAGCAUUUUUUGCAUUGUUUUGUUUUCAGCGCUGAAGUGGCAUUCUUAUGACGGUUUAAUUUUAUUUUUGUUUUAGGUCUAUAUAUUUAGCGUGAUAUAAUAAAAGUAUUCUAGGUUGUCUAGAAAUGUUAUCGAA